AUGCCGGGGUCGCUGAGUAAUGAAGACGAGGGACAGGACGACAUGGAUUUUGAAGACGAUAUGCCAGGUGAGGGGAAGAGGGAAGGGGGGAGGCGGGGUGUCCUUCACAUUAUUUUUGCGCCGCUACGCCUUGAAUGCGGGGAAAAGGGCUUGUCCUGCGUUCCUGAGACCAGAGAGGAGGAAGAGGAGGAGGAGGAGGGGUGGGGUGCAAUAAGCAGAGUCAUGCUAUUAUUUUUUGCACGACCUAGUGUCUUAAAGGUGGGAUCGGGUUUUUUUCGUCAAUCUCCCUCCGGCUGUCCUCACAUCCUGCCUAAAUUUGGGGGCAUGAUGCAAACCGCUGCUGCAUGCUUUCUGCAGGCUGCUUUGUGCAUGCGUGUGCGAGUGGAUUUCUCCACCUUGGAGCACAAGUUUGCUUCAGAGAGCCGUUUAAACCCAUGACAUUUCAUUCCGUGCUGUGUCAGUGUGUGCUGUGUGCGCUCUUAAGUAGAAAUAAGCUGCAGUGACAGUAUCCGUGCUCCUUUUUUGUCAACCUCUGCUCCAACUUUGAAUGUAUUUUGCAGCCCUGCAUGGCCGCAGAGGUGUGAAAGCCACGUGCAGGCUACAGUAAACACUGCUUAUCUGAGUGUGUCUCUGCCUGGACCCUCCUGUGGGCACUGUGGCUGACCACAGCGAGGUUAGGUCACCAGCAUCCCUGCAGCUCUAGGUCGUGCACUCACUGAAAUUAACUGUAACCCACAUAGUUGCAAUGCAGCUCACUUGCUGCACUUCUCAUGGUGUGCUUGGAUCCAUACAGAGCCAAAUGUGUGCGCUAUUUUCCUUGUGGGUGUUGAAUUAAUCUCUGGCUUAGACCCAAUUGAAAUAUGGAUGGCAUUCACCCUCUUUAAGGAUAUUUAACCCUAAUGAAGACUCAGGGGAUGUUCAGAUUUACUAGUUAAUGAUCUGGAUGUUUGAAACCAUCUGCAAAAUUAGCUGUUAGGUUUUUCUGGUUUUUCUUAGUAGGUGUCAAUGCACCUGAUGACUUCUGAAAGCCUAAAAACGUUUUAGCUGGAGAAAGACCCUGAUUUCUGGAGGAAACCCUGGUCACAGCCUCAAGUAGGAUAAAAUAAUGCGUAUGUACAUUAUAAGACUGGUGCAUCAUGACUUCUGCUCCCCUGUUUAUUAGAUAAACCCUGAUGGGAUUUACUUCAGAGCAUGGCUGCUAUGUGCUAACUGGGCUGUGUGUCAUGUGCAGCCAGGAGACAGCUUCAUCAAGAAUCCACUGUACAUCUGUCUCAGUCAUUCCAGGUCCUGGAUCCUUAGGGAUCUGUUCCCUUGCCCCCUAGUUGCAUGCCAUGCUAUUGUUGGGCCAUGCGAAGGAAAGGGGAACCCCAAAUAAGGCUUGGGUCCUUACCUUUCCUUCCUCAGAUAUUAAUUUCUUUUCUACAGCUGUUAAUAUUGUUAUAUUUCUGUAUAUCUCAGUAUUAGUAUAAUUUCCUAGUCUUUUAAAGGAAAAUUUAAAUCCUGAGCAGCCUCAUGGUCAAAAGGUAAGAAACUCCUAUUUAAACAAACAAACAAACAAACAAACAAAAAGAAACAGUCAAACACAGGAUAAGUGAGUCUGCAGGUCAUUAAUGUCAAACUAGUUUAAUGAGCAUCACUACCAACAGCAGAGCUAGCACCACCAGCUGAGGGUCACCUUUGCAGGUUAACUAACAUUCCUGCAUCUGUUAAGUGGUUAGAUUUGGCCAGUCAUAGCCGACCUACAACUCCAUCUCCAUUUCUAAGAUCUGUUAUCUGUACUGUUUUACAUCCAGGUAGAAAAGCAUCAUUACACUGUAGUAAUCACCUUUAACCAAAGCGACUUCCUUAGCUAAUGAUGAGUAGUUUAAACACAUCAUAUGACCAGAAUAUCAGCCUUACAACACCAACAACUACAGGUCCUGUAAAAAUGGUGCUGAAUAACUUUCCACCUUUAAUUUUGUGGUCACAUGUUAUUCUUGUAUCUACAAAAAUGAUGCGUUUGGAAAGUGUUGCGCCUUACACCUUCUUGCAGCUUCUGCUUCCAGCUGAGCAAAAUUUGCUUCACCCCUGCAUGUCUCUGAUGUUGCAGUCUGCAGGGCUACAUAUUCAGGCGUAUUGCAUUGGUUUGGCAUCAGUUGGGCAAGUGCACCCUAUGGAUUCAGAUUUAUUUCUUCACUUGCAGCUUGCCUUGAGCGUCUGGUGGUUUGAUGUAUAGGACGAGACCUAGAAUGUGUUGUUUGGCCACUUUUAUUGUGUAUUCCUGUUGCAGAGUUCGUUAGAGUUUUAUAACCAAAACAAAGGCAAGAUAAAGGAUUUUUGCAAAUUUGUAUCAUAUGCUGUUCACUUAAAAUUUAUUCGGGCCAAGGCCGGUUGCCAAGUGGAGUGAAUUUAAUGGUUUUCUUCACUUUUUGGUUGGUUUCUUUCUCACGUUUGUGGAAUGACUGAAGUUAAGGUUGCUGACAGAUUGUUCCUGCUUCUUGCAUGUCUUCAAUCUUCCUUUUUGGUUCUUGGCAUGUAUGAUUCAGUCCUCCAAUUGUCACCUGUGCUCUUCCAUGCAGCCAACAUGUUGAAUCUCGCUGUGAGCAUGCUAAGCAGUCGUUGUGUGUGCAUAAUUAAUGCAUCAUCUUUCUGGAAAAUUUCAUGUCUGCAGUUGGCAGUAGUUAGCAUUUUGAUCUCCUAUCCGCUGACACCAGUAUGAUGCUGAUAAUAAUGUGCAUCAUCUCUUUCCUGGAAGAAAAGUUGUGUUUCCCCUUCACAUUUAUCACUUGUGGUGACAAUGAAGGGGCCAAAACGAAGCUGAUAUCUGGCAUCAGAACAGAGAAAUGUUUGGACUAUUAGCUGGAAAGGUAGAAGAAACAUUUAACGACAACAAGACGAAAGUUAAUGAACAAUUUUCACACAACCCGGUUGCCAUGGAGCGCUUCUUCCUCGCUGUUCGUGCUGAAGGUCUUCAACCUCUGAAGCUUUUUGUUUGACUGUCACAACAGUAAUUACAGUAUUGUUUGUGCAACCGGUGCUGUCGAAUGUGUCUGAAACGCAGCAAUGUUUUUCAUGCAUUGGCAGCUUUUAGAAAAUACUUUGUCUUUUAAUUUGAGCUAUUUUUUAAAUCUUUAAAUUCAUAUUUUCAUUGACGCGGAUUAGUGCACGCGUGGAAGGUGUGCAGCAGGGAGACAAAAAGACAGACAGAGCAAGGGAAGCGGGUAGAGGAGCGCUGAGCGGUUGAGGCGUCAUCUAUGAUGUGACUGCCAGUCGGAGCCAGAGGGAGAACACAAGCACUGAUGCGUGUCCCCAAUAACCUCGGCGAGGGUUAAACACGUAUGAGAGAGGAGAGGUGCCAUUGAUUUAGGUGGCUGAGUGAAGAUUUGUGAGAGGGAAUCCAAUUUGAAAAGUCAGGACAGUUUCAUGUGCCACUCAGAAUUAUUUCGAGUCGUCUUUGAAGCAAUUUUAGUAUUUUUAAGAUGUUGAAAAUAAGCAUAUCAAAGGAUUUUCUAUCGUGGUAAAAGCAUGAAAGUGUUUCGAGUCAGUUGACCUCACGAACGUAAGACAUCAUCAUGUGUUUUGUGUUCUAAUGAAAGCCCUGUUGAUAAAGACGGUCAUUUCAGGGGAUUUCAGGGUUUCAAAUCUUUUGUUUUGCUGCAGAAAUGUUUGACGAUCUUUAUCAAAAGGCUUCAAAGUGAAAGACAAGGUCAGGCAUCCCGGUCAGAUUCCUCCCCCUAAUCAAGAUGCUUCCAUGCAAUUAAAACCCAACAAAGUAGAACCAGGUCCCGGGGGGGGGGGGGGGGGGGGCUCCAGACCCCUUAACACUAUCCUAUCACAGCAUGUAUUUGUUGUGGCACAUAAAGUGUCCUAAUUCCCUUUGUUUCACUGCGGGUGCUUACACUGUCACAGAUUGUUCCAUUGUGUUUUCUCUUUUAAUUGUUUUGCUCUUCCCUAAAAUUGAAAAGAUUAUCAUGGGCUUUUGUGUGCCUACAAAUGUUAUCCCCAAUUGGAAAGGGGGGUCUAUUUUUGGAUCCUUCACUGUGAAAGUUGACACCAUUUUUUUUUGCUGCUGCGCGUGCACGAUGCCUGCAUACGAAAGAUGCUUUUUCCAAUGCACAUUUGCACAUAUGAGCUGUGCAGCACCGAGUCGGCUUUAUAUCCCACACUUUAUGAUCAUGUGCAUAUAUUGUCUGUAAUAGAUAUGGUUUUAAUGGUGCUCUUUGGGCGUUAUCCGUCCAUCACUUUGAUGAUUAGAUUUUCUAUUAAUAGUCCAAGGAUGUCUUUGUCUGACGGCAUCACAGGCCUCAGCUAUAAGCACUUAAUCAAUGAGGAGGGGAAAAAAUUAUGGCUUUGUUCUCCCUCUUUCAUGGCGAGCAAUGCCGGGCAACAUGAAGAGUGUAUUUCCACACAGGGGCCAACAGAAAAAAGGGCUAAUGUGCUCUCCAGUAAACUGUAGCUUCCUCACUUGGGAGCUGCUCAUGAAUCUCCCCUCUAAUGGGUCAGUCCAGUGGCCAAGCCCUUGCAGGAAGGUCAGAACUGUGUCUGUGCCAUCCGUCCACACUUUACAGAGAGCUUGUUUGCCAAGUUGAGCUCUGGGCCUCUUUCAAACAGAAUCCAGUGCCAGACCUUCUUGUGCCACAUGACUGAGCAACCUUCCCCCCCUAAUAACACCUGGCACAGCCUGCUCCACACACCAAGCAGAGAGAUUAUCAUUCCCCUGAUGGCUUUCCCUUUGGGGAAUUCACAGGCCAUUUAGUGCAGGCAGCUUUCAGGUUAUAAGGCAAUGCAGGUGUUAAACACAGACAUUUAUUCAAUUUGUAGUAAUGAAAUGCUUUGCUGUCAGUCUUCCUAAAAUGGAUGCACUACAGAGAGAACAUUCAAGUGUUUGCCUGAUAUUUGCUUUUUAACAAAUCUGUUGGAGCUGUAAGGCUGUGCUUUAGGCAGCUGUAUUAUACUGCUAAUACUAGCCUGCUAACACAACUCAAGUGUUUUGAAUAUAUUACAGAUUUACUUGGGAGUGUAUUCAAAUUUGUGAAUGUUCACUUAAUGUUAGUGUAGUUGAUUUCAUGGCCACACAACAGACCUAAGCAAUUUUAACUAGAUUCAAACAUCUUACCUAUAAAGACAAGGGUGAUUGUGAGCAUCUAAGUUCAGAGUCUCAGCUAAAUGUUGCUAGUAUGCAAACAUACAGACAUAUUGAAGUAACCUUCAAACUAGCUCCUGUUUCACAUUACUGCCAUUGAAAUGCAUUGCUUACAAUUCAUAUUUUUGUCAUAAAACAGCCUGUGUCCAUUCGUGUUAAUUUUUUUUUAUGCCUUACAGCUCCCACACACUUAAUUUCUGUGUAUAUCUAGUGGUUUCCUUUAUUGGCACUAAUUAAUUUUAGCUGAAAAUGCCCUACAGACUAAGGAUGUUUUUGGCCUCUGGAGAUCAGGAGGAGGAAAAAGCUUGAUUACAUUGAUUUUGGUUGAGUGAAUAGGCCCUUGCUAGAGCAAAAUCUGCCAUUAGUGGACAAAAGCCCUAAAAGAUUAAUGUAAUCUAGACAGAAACUUUGUGGUUAGAAAGCAGCUAACAUGUGCAUCCAACCAUUCUUAGCCAAUUACUUGGAAUUUGCUGUUUCCAUACGGUGCCCUUUAUCACCAUCAAACACUAAUUUUAGCCAGGGUGCCAGAAGAAAACUCCUAAGAUGUGAUGCAGCAGCGUCACCAUCUAGUGGGCGGUAUCAUUAUGACUUGGCUCUUCUUAGUCAAAAUAUCCAUCAGCUGGAAGAACAGUAAUAGCUUUAGCACCAUUUAUCUCUAUUAAAUGGUGAUGUUUGCUAGGAAGUGCAAGCAAAUGAACAAUUAAUCCAAGUGGCUACCUCCAGUGGCAAAACUGAGGUCAAUCCAGCAGGUGCAGAAACUGCAGUUCUUUAAGUGUCCACUUGGGGCUAGCUGUUAAAGCCAUGGAAUCCCAUUAGGCUCCAUGUUAAAACAUGGCAGCAAAAUUUAAGAUGCUUGCACCAUGGUUUUAAAAAGUGUUUACCAUCUUUAUUUAUACUGACUGCAUGGAUUUGAAUUUGUCAAGAAAGUUAUAGCUCCACGUCUAUAUCAGAUUUUAUUUUGACUAAAAGUGGGGUUGAGUCAAUAUUUCCAAUAGGCAGGCUGCCUUCAGUUUCCUUCAAAAUCCCUCCUCAGAAACCCAGAAGACUAAAAUCAUGGAUGCACAGUUGAUGAUGUUAUCUAACAGUAUCUUGUGAGUUUUCAAAUAUGUUGUUUCAAUAUAAAAUGCUGUUCAUGUCCCUCAAGAUUUUCACUCUUAUUGUCUGUACAGUGGUAAAAUGACGAGAUUUUUCAGGUGUCAUAAUUUACUCCCACCAUGACCACGAAGUCAAAGAAGAAGGGACACUUAGAGUCGUAAACAAAUGUGCAUUAUUUCCACUUCGUGCAGACUGUCAAGUUUUUGGUCGACAGAGUUUCAGGUAAAUACUCACGUCCGCUUUAUGGUGUCACUGGACAAAAACUUAUGGGACCUCAAAAGUCAAAGAUUUAUCAUCUGGGAACUUUAACUGCUAAAAAUAUAAUGUCAAUCCAUCUGGCAGAUGUUGACAUAUUUCAGUUUUGACAAAGUGGCAGACCUACUUAGAGACGGAUAUCGCCGUCCCUGGAGUAUUGCCAGUGAUUUUCCGGCAUGCCCAACUUUGAAAACCUACAUCAGAAACACCACACAGCCACUGUCAGGACUGAGUGAUUUAUUGUACACGAAGCAGAACAAGGGACACACAGCCCGGGAAACUUUGAUGUAUCUAAUCAGUGACUUGUGGUCAAGCUGUCAGCCAUCGCUCAUUCACAGAGAAAAGAGGGAGCAGGCAGAGAAAAGGGCGAUGUUUUUUUGUAACCUAGGGCCUUUUCCAUCUGCAUCUAAGCUGUGUCAUCAGCAGUUCAUCUAAGAGAGAUGUUAGGCUUACUGCAAUGCCUUCAUGGCUUGCCUGGCAGGCGGCUAAGAUACAUCUGAGACAUGAAAGAGCUCUCUGUUUGAGAAACUGGAUACAUACAGUGAAGGCUUUAUUUAGAAAGAGAGAAACAAAGCAGAGGGAAACAUGUGGGUCCAUGUUUGAGGCAGACAAAAAGAAGAGAGAGACAAAAGAUAAACAGUCAGACAGUUUGAUUGUAGAUGGAAGAGCUCUGUAUGUACCUUUUUCUCCAAAUAGAAAGAUAGAGUUACAGGAUCUAACUCAGAGUUCCCUGAAGAUUCCUCAACAACGAUCCGUCUACUCCGUUCUAAAGAAGAGAAAGCUGCGUUUUUAAAGCAUCAGAUUCAGUGACUAUAUCUGGACGAGAUGUCGAAUACGCAAGUACCUCUGGUCUACUAGUCUGUGGCAGUAAUUUUACUAUCACAAGGUAUUUGGACCCCAGAUUUAAGUGUCUGUUUUACUCUAAAUGGGACCAUAAUUAAUAAACUGAACAUCAUACUGUACUGGUAAAGAAUUUAAAAGACCUUUAUGCUCAGAAUAUGUUUUCCUAGGUAUUAAGAUGAGUAAGUAAUGGGCUCAUAAUCUUUUUGAUUACAAACAAUCUGACUUAAAGGUAUAGUUUGCUGCUUUUUAUGUGAGUUUGUAUGAGGUAUGAGGGAAACUCAGCAAUGCUAGCAAGAGUCUGCAGCAGAUGGAGUCAACUCUAUCGUGGGCUUUCCCAAAUUUCGAGAAAGUCAUGCAUCAUCUGUAUGAAACAUAUGAAAGGGAACGACUCAAGUUACAUAGUUCCACCGUCAGACACGACCUGUGCAUGUCAGAUUGGGAGGAAUCUUUGACGAGUGUCAGUGUUCCUUUUCCACAUAUUGGAGCUUAAACCAAAGUGUUAAUUCAAUGAUAAUAAUCAAGUAUGAUUAUCACCUUUCUGACAAAUAGAUUUUCAAGCCCUGAGACUGAGGCCAAGUUUUCCAUUGGUGCCAGGAUCUGUAUUUGCUCUAAGGUGGCAGAUGUAAUUUCUGCAAUAUUGCUUCAGGCUACCUCUGUUCUGAGCUUCACUUACAUUUGUGAAACCCCUAAACUACAUCCAGGACAUUAUAAAAGCAUGCCUCUAAGUGUGUUGCCACAUUGCUUUCAGACACUGCUGUUACAUGUGAGUGCAAGUCCAGGCAGAAAAAAAAGCCCAGAAGUUGCAGUCGGGCAACUAAAUUUUCUUACAUGCCAGAAAUUCAUCAGACCAGCUGAGGCUCCUGUGAUCCUCUGUACAUCGCGAGACAAGUGAUUCGCAAUCAGGCUUAAAGUUGGCUUGACUUUCACAGCAGUUGUGCAAGUCAAGAAGCGGGUCAGCACAGUGUACACAUGGCUUAAAUCCAUUACUAAAAGUAAAUGAAGUCCCCAACCUUUAAAUUCAGUAAUUUCAUCUGAUAUUAGAUGAGCUGAUUUAGCUUUGAGCACUUUUGAAUACAAUCUCAGAGCUUAAACUCUUUAGUCAAACAUCAAAAUAUUGAAGACGAGGAACGUAAACCACAGAUCGCCCUCUGUUAGCACUUAAAACAGGGAAGCACUUUUCCUCUCAUGGUCAAAGAAAACACAUCAAAUCGACCGCUGAUUACAGCCCUAAUAUCACUGAUGUGUGUGUGCACUCUGUGUGUGUUUGUGUUUGGUACCUCCUGCUAGCUCUGCUAAACAGAGGAUAAGUGGAUGGUGAGGUUGGUGCGUCUACACAGGAAUCCCUCCUCCCAAAUCUCUCACUCCAGUCACCCAGGGGAGUGGUAGACUGCAGGGCUAGUGUUGCCUGAUUGACUCUGAUACAUGUGCUGCAUAUUUCAUGCCCUCCAGUCUGCCUGCAUGAGACACAGAGAGCGAAGGAGACACACAGACAGAUAGAUAGAAAGACAGAAGAAGACAGAGAUGCAGAGGGAGAGGGAAAACAAGAUCGAUCCCUGGCAGCGUUAUCCUGGUAUGUUUGUCUGACUAUGAGAUGAUGAAAGUUUGGGACUGUCUCGCUCCCUUUCUCACUCCUCUGUGACCCACUAUGGCAUCAGAGAAGUCUGCCGCGCUCAGCAGUCAGUGCGUUUUCACACAGCAGCUCAUAGACAGUACAGCUGACAACCAGCAGCAGGUCGCCGCGGUCCCAGCGAGCGUUUAAGGCGAAAAGAUAUGCUCAGUAUACCUCAGUGGUCCCCCUGGGAGCUCCCAUUUAGUGGCAGGGCAGGCACUCCAUCUAUUUGUGUGUGCUCUGACGGGUGAAGUUGAUCCACGCUCAAUGAUGCCUCACCGGCAGGUUUCCACAGUGUCAGGCACAUUUCAGUGCAAUAAAUAAUCAUCAACAACUAUUAAUCUGAGUCAGCACAUACAUUUAGAUCUAUAUCGAUACAUUCUGAUUAAUUCAUCUUCUUCACUCAUUUGACCAUUAUAAACAUUAAUUUUUUGUUAAUUGAGCAUUCGGGUCACAUUAAGCAAGAAAAUUACAGAUAUUUCCAGGAUUAAGUCGCAAGGUUUCAAGAGUAGUGUUACAAUUGCAUUACAUUGUGAUGCUCCGAGUAUAAAGUUGUAAUAAAGUCGUCAUUUUGGUAUUUUUAAGGAGGCUGCACAUCCCAUAACCCCCCUUUACAACAGCAAUAAUGUGAAUGCCAAUUUAUGAAUAAAACCACAGCGGUUUUCAUUCUAACAUGACAAUUUUAUUCUCACAAUAUUUACCUAAUUGUUCAGCACAUGAACGAGAGGAGUAGCGAUGCGUCAUUUACGCACAGAUGGUUCCGAUUUUAAUGCCAUUUUUGGAGUUUAUGUUGUGAUCUGUGCGCUAAACCCACCUUUGUCACGUGAGGUUUGAAUAUAUGCAACUUUAUGUGAGUGUCUUUUUUGUGGAAAAGGGUGUUUGUCUUACCAGUGGGUCCAACAUUACGCACACCAAAUCUAUCUGUGCUCAGAUGAGAGAGUGUGGAGGACACUUGUUGAGCAGGUGCCCUCUGUCGCCAUCGUGUGGCAUUGCUGUCUUCAGACAUCUCUUGAUCUCUUUGACUACUUCAUGAAAAUAGUAAUACGCCUCGACAGGAUUUACAUUGAACGAGGAAAUGAGUGUUACUCUUAGGUUCUGAACUGAAAGUUUUGCCUUUUUUGCGUCCUUUCUUCAUCUAACUUUUUUUUACUACUCAGCUUCCUGGCAAUGCAUUCAUGCUGUUUAACUUCAGGCCCAAAGCUAAUGUGCAAACACUGGAGCAUGCACAGAAUGCUUGGGAACGCCUUGUCAGCGCGGCGGAUCUGAUUGACUCUGCGCUUGCGGCAGAUCUCCGGCGAGGCACCAAAAUAGAGCCCUCAAUGUUGACUUUUCCUCAACAUGCAGAAAUAAAAUAUUCUAGAACUACUUUCUGCAGAUUGAAUUGUUUAGGAAUUUCUCUUGUUAUGCACAGUAAAUAAGUGUUGUCCAAAGGGUUCAGACCAAUCAGAAUCAAGUAUUUAACACAGCUGGGUGAUUAGCAAGAAAGCCAGAUAAUAACUAAAACAUCAAACCUGCCGCCAGUGACUUGAUUUAUGGAAUAACUGACCUAGAUGUCAUUGGCCUGAUUUGCCCAAUCUUCCUGGGAAUAAGCACAGGUGACAGCUGUUCACAAGAACCAUUUAGUCCCUUGAACUGGAACUUACAUUUUGCAGUACUCUUGGUCUAAAGGCACAGAUGGAGCUGGACUCAGGAUGCAAAGUCUGAUCGCUAUGCAUGUGUAGUGUGACAAAGAGGCUUCAAUGUGAAGACAAAAAGACAAGGGAAAUAUGCAGCAACUAACUUCAGGUGAUCUGCAUCCUAAACCAAUAUGGUGAUCUGUUUCCUGGUAAAGGUUUUCCUUGUUUUGUCACAAAGUACCUUUUUGCAUGUGCUAAAGAUUCCUUAACAAGGUGAAAAUUUUUACAGUUGGUGGCACUACACAGUGUACACUUGUUCUGGUGAUCCUAAACCUUGUUGCAGUUGCUCUAAUGAAUUUUGCAUCAAACAUCUGGUCCUCCUGAAACUUCUGUCAAUGCUCCAGAUUUCCACGAUCAUCCCCAGGCAGGCUGUUGGUUCUACUGUGGUUGGAUGAUGCACCAGAAAAGUAAGACAGAAAACAUACCAAGAGGGAUCCUCUGUGAAUAAAACACACAGAAUUAUGCAAAUGACUGUCUUCAGAGUUAGGAGGGAGAUGGCGAAGGAUAAAAGGUAGUAAUAGCUGCUUUAUGUGAUAUAAUUAAAUGAUUAAUGACUAUCAAAAUUGUUAUCAAUUCAUUGUCUGCUAAAUGGCUUGAUAAAUGGUUUCAGCUCUACAGUGAAGCAGCUAAACGUCAUUUGUCAGAAUAAAGAUUGAGACUCAUUACAAGGCCAAUUGACCAUAGAGUUGACAACCUCGACGACGACAGCCAAAUUUCCAAAUUGAUCAUCCCGAGCACUCUCUGCUGUGGACUACAUUGAGUUGCUGAGCUUUUAAUGAUUGUGUUCCUGCUUCCAGAUGAGGAUGACGAAGGCGAGCGCAACACCGUCCCCCUCACGCCUCUCGACAGCUUCUUCUCGGAUGACUCCCUCAAACAACAGAAGAAGAAGAAGCCCAAAAAGAUGAAGGAGGGGAAGAUGCCCAAAGUAAAAAAGAGGAAAAAGGAGGUAAGAUGUAAUUCACUCUAAACACCAUCUGUCCUGACCUCAGACAUAACAGCUUGGCGAGCAUUUUGGCCCAGUUGUACCCUCUAUUUCUCCAGCUAACACUGCUUUGAUGUCUCUGAAAUUGGAUGAGAGGUGUGUAUUGGCUGCAGGACGCUCUGUGUAAUCUAAAUGAGAGGUAGUGGACUAUCUGAGGCUUAGGGGAGGUUGGCAGCAGUGCCACCGUCAAUGCCAGUGUAAGCUGUGGACACCAGGGUCCAGUUUAGAGUGUAGAUUUGUGCCCGUGGUUCUGCUGCUGCUGCUGAUGGCAGGGACUGUAGGUCAGGAGUAUGGCGUUCGUGCCAAGGCAACAGUGGGAGUCUGAGCGGUGACAGAGCAAAUCUGACCAUCCACUGUCCCUGGAUGUAACAUUCAGACAACUGGUAAGGGGUUUGAGCAGCCCCCAGAAUCAUUAUAACAGGUCAUGAAUUAGACUGGUUAUGGUGGGAUUGCUUUUCAAGGAGAGCCAAUUACAACACUGUAAAAUCCAGCCUCUGUGAUUGGUUGGGUAGUAGCUAAAGGGGCUAAAAGUGAUCAACUGCUACAAAAUAGUGUUGCUAUAGUAACAUGAGCGAGUUAAUGGAGCUUAAUGAAGGCUUCAUCUGAAAUGACGACACAAGUACACUGCUUCAGUUUAUUUGUAAACAGCCAAGAUGGCCGCCUUCUGGUGGUCGUUUAAACCAAAGUAUGAAUUCUUUUUAAAUGAAGAUCAAGUGACUGGCCAUUCAGCAUACUGCUGAGGAUGGCAUGUUUUUCUAAUUGCUAAGCACUGUCUGUUCAUGUUAUGCACUUCGGCACAUCUGAUUGAUUGUUGGAGGCAUUUUCAUAUGCAACCCACACUAACAACAACUGGUAAAGGUGAAUGAAUCAAGCUUUUCCAGACUCAUUUACUUAGAUGAAUUGGUCUGGUGAUGCCAGGCUAAGUUCAGAUGCUGGUCCUAAACGCCAUCCAAAAUAACCCUCAAGUUAGAAGUCCAAACUUGAGCUCCCUGGAGCUCUAAAUCCAUGAUGGUUGCUUUCUGCAUUAAUGGUAAUAUAGCUUUACUUUUUGUCAUGUGCAGUAGCACCUUAAUCCUGUUUUGUCAAAUAAAGCUUACUUUAUAAGUCUGGAUUAUAGUAUAUGUUGAAGUGUUAGUUUUCAAUUUUUGUGUGCCUGGCUCUUAUUCUCAUGAAUUUCCCUCAAACAGAAGACAAAAGGUAGCUAGCGACCCAUUAGUUGGUGACAUUUCUAGCAGUCCAGCCUCACAUUACCUUGUUUUUACAUGGGCCCUCAGCUGAUAUUAAGCUAGCCAAGACAGCUUUUUUUAAGAGGCUAUCCCAAGUACAUGAGUGACAAAAUAGUAAAGGAAAACACAAGGCAUUUAAAAACAAUAACUGAUAGACUCGUAGAAAUAGUAAAUAAUGAGAUUUAUGGUUAGAAUAAAACAAUGUGAACAAGUUUAGGGCUCUGUUUUGAUCACCAGCAUUUAACAGGUCACUUAAAAACCCAGCUUGGAAAAAUCAGCUUUUUUAGUGUUUUGAUUCUGGAUCAUGUUCACAGUCAUGCUCUUGAAUGCUGAUUGUGUUUUGUUGCCAGGCUAACAGCCCACCGUGGGUAUAUCAGCCCCUUUGUGCUGGUGGGAAUGAGGCUGAUGAUGGCUGGGUUUGUAGGUCACAUUUGAAGGGUUGCAAAAUUUGGUGCAACACCAAAAACAAAGAGUUUCGGCUUGAUGGGCUUUAUUCUUAUUAUUCUUACAUUCAACAACAUGAAGCAUGCUUUAUUACAUUUUUAUCCGGCACAUUGGUCACAUUUAGGCGCAACUUUAAGCUGUAACAAAAGACUUAUCUGCCUUUGAAAUUCUGCUACGAAUUAACAGGGCAAAAUGAAUUCAGAGGCCCCAGUAGUUUUCAUUCAGCAAUUACAGGAAUUCACUGUAUUCCCCGUGUGUUUUCCCGCCUGUGUUGGCGACGGCUUUAGCAGUCUCAGCAAUGCCGCCAGGAUGUUCCCCUCUGCUGGCUGGAGAUGCCAGCAGUGCUGUGAGGAGCUUGGCUUGGCCAGGCUGCCACCCGGCCCUUUGGCUGCUUGUGGUAAACACUGAGCUCCAGGGUCUCAGUGAGCUAAUGAGGGGGGGACUCCCUCUGACACUCUCCCCUGUCUCCCUCCCUCUCUCUCACACUCAAAUACACUCUCUGCCCUGUAUCCUCCUCCCUCUCCUGCCUCUCACACACAUCACCUCACAUUUCCUCGCCGCUUUUGUUGCGGCCCAUGCGUCAUAGGAGCUGCAAAUCUUUGUCUUUCUCACCACCCUCCCUUUUUUAUGUCUGUCUCUCUCCCACUGAGAAAUCGCUGCUGCUGUAAUUCACUUCCAAUCGCUCCCGAAAGGUUGGUGUCAGACUCAGGCCAAAUGUCAAUUGGGGUCAGACUGGCUGUGGCACAUCCCAGUCCUACAUAGAGCUACUGAUGGGAGAAGUGGGAACCAGGCAGACAUGUUAGCAUGCCUCUUUCUCUCUUUUGAAGGGAAACAAAGAAACUCUGUGUCCUUUUUAACCCCUAAAACUACCAAAUAGAGAGUUUAAGUUUAGAGAAGGUAGUUAAUUUUAUAAGGAGAGAAAAGGCUGCAGUAAAGCUUUUAAAAGAGCUGUUCCAGGCUUUAACAUUCGUCAGUUUGAGAUGAGCCUAAGUCUUGUUUUUAUAAGUCCAAUAUCCUCUUAGGGAUUGUGAGUCAACAGAGAGCUGUUGCUGAUUUCUGGGAAGGAGAAAACGCUGUUGUUUUGGAGUCAUAAAGUGUUUUUACGAUCGUGUUAUUUCUUGUUGAACUAGGUUUUUAUUGGAUAUCCACAUCUUUGUUCAUUUGAUAUUUUUCUGCGGCAUCCUCUGCAAUCUCCCCAAGGCAGAGCCAUUAUGAGGAAGCAUCUAAUUUGAUUACGUUAUCAGCGCUUAUCUGAUUUUCUUCCCUCUGAAAGUAGAGACACCCUCAUUGUUGCUGCCAGAGCCCUCUCUGGUCCUGUGAUGUGUAUGUAACAUCGAACUCUGGGCCACGCUGAGGUCUGUUGCACACUUCCACCUCUUCUUUUUGCAGUUUUCUCUCAACGCUGGUUUCGCUUCUUUGCUUUUCCCUCCUCCAUCUCUCCACCCCCACUCCCAUCCCCCAUCCAGGAUCUUUAAUUUACUCUCUCUCUCUCUUUUUUCCUCUCUCUCUCUUUCUCCUCCUUCUUAUGCAUAAAUGAGAUUUGUCUAGACGGGUGCCGGAGCACCAGCUCUGCAACCACAGGCCUCUGCAUAACAAGCUCGUUAUGCAAACCCGUCUGAUUGGAUGGCGCCGUUCCAUUGGCUGCCACUGUGAUAGAGAGUGCAUGUGUGUGUGGCAGGAUAGAAAGAGUGAGAGAGAGAGAGAGAGAGAGAGAGAGAGAGAGAGAGAGAGAGAGAAAAGGGAACAUGUUUAAAAGAGAGAGAGAAUAAUGGAGGAGAGGGGUACAAGAUGUGAAAAAAGGGAGAAAGUGAGAGAAAGAGAAAGAAAGCAUGUGUGUGUGUUGGGGGGGGGGCUAUGAGAAAGAGAAAGAGAGGGAAAACUAAGAGGAGAGAGAGAGAGAGCUAGAGCCAGACACUGCUCAAAUGUGGUCGCCAUAGCAACACAGCCGGGGCUGCUGGUAUAGGGUUGGCGGGCGCUGCGGCAACGUGAGCCUUUCCACUGCGCUACAGAGCAAAACGCCUGUAAGUCUCUCCAUGGAUCCUCGCAGGCCUGCUGAGCAACAGGCAGCAGGCGGAGCACAAAGCUGCUGUGCUCUAAUUCACUGCAUAGCAUGCACACACACACACACACACACACACACACACACACACACACACACACGUUUACACACAUUUACUGUACAUGUAUUUAUACAGAGGCAAACACACAAACAUGUCCCUAAGCAAAAAGAACACACACACAAAAAAAGAAGUGGAUGAAAACAUAAAAAACACAUGAAUUUAACCUCUGAAGAAGACCUGCUACCAAACAGAAAUCCAAGGCAGUGUUGCCACCAGAAGAAGCAGGAACUUUUUAUCCUACCUGCUCAUUUAAUGGGACAAGAAGGUCCCCCUUUGAUUGUGACACAAAGUUGAACUUUUCCCUAAUGAUCUGAACUGGAAACAAAAAUGGGGCUAAAAGUACCCCCAACUCUUUUGUUCCAUCUGCACAGGUUUGAUGCUUACAGAUGGUUUGGUACCUACUAUAUUGGAUUAGUUAGUAUGUUUCCACUGCAGAGACCAGGGGCAGAGUGCCUUGUCGGUGCCUGGUAACCUCAAGUGCAACCAAGAGCUUAAAGGUGCGACUAAAUCUGCAUACAUGUGGUGGUAGAAACACUUGGAAAGUUUGGUUUCCAAGUCGGAAAAUACACAAGAUUGACUGCUGAAGUUAGAACAACAACUGUGAAACUCUGAGAGGAACUUGGUGCCAACUUGACGUUACUUUUGUCAUCAACUUUAACAUGUUUUAAUGUUCAGAGUGUCAUUAAUUUACAGACUUGCUGUAAAAGCAAUAUACUGAUAUUUGCACGGUACUCGAACCGUUAAAAAUAGUAAAGUUAAUAGUUGGUUUAUGGUUAACAGUUAAUAAUGAACAGCACAUAAAUCAGAAUAAUAAGAACUAACUUUCAUGGGAGAAACCACGUUUAAUUAAUCAAUACUGGAUAUGCAUCUUGAUUUUUAAGUUCGAUUCAUGCCUCAUCUGUUCACAUGGAUGAGACAGCCUUUUUGACCGAUACUGCAGCCACUGAGAAGAAGUAGUUUUAAAUAUUUUGGUGUCAGUUUCGGGGAGAUGUUAUGUCAUCCAUCUCUUACACAAAAAUAAAUAAAUAGAUAAAUAAAUAAAUUGUCUGUUUUCAGAAUCUAAUAAGUGACAAACCAAUCAGAGCUGUUAAGAUGUACAAGCCUCGCCCCCAGAGUCCAGAAGUAAAACCCCUGAAACAAGCACAUUUUGGAGGGUGAAAUUAAGUCCCAUGUACUUUUUUGAUCCUGGUUUCUGCAGUGGAAAGAAAUGGAGCAUCUUUAAGAGUUCCCUGUCUCUGGGUAAAGUCUCUUGGUGGAAAGACAGCGCACAAAAACAUGCACAGUCUGCACACACAAGCACCAAAUAAUUAGAUGCAUACAGAAAGACUCUUCAAACUCUACCCCCCCUCACUCUUAGUCAUUCACUCAUACACACUUCCACAAGCACACACCAGUGAAUUUGCUCACACGCCACUCUCCUGAUCACACAAACAACACCUGUUAGCUGUUAAAUCCAUACAGCCGUCCAGAUGUCUCAUUUUAAACAGGCAGGAUUCAGAUCUGAGUGCCGGCUCCGCCUCUGACGAUCUGUUUCUCAGUUUGUGUGAGAGGUGAACGUUUCUGACUCCUCAUCAACUCGCUGCCUUGUAAUGUAAUCAUUUAUAAUUUACAUCACAGGCAGAAGAAUUAUACAGUUAGUGAAAGAGUGACACUUUGAAAUGAUGUAAUUUAAUUUAUGCAAAUACCAUCGAGAAGGAGCUUUUUAUCCCAAGUGCUUCGUAGUGCACUGACAGGAUUUUAUUUGAGAGUGUAGGUGGCCUCUGAGGGAGCUUUAAUCCAUAACACUGACAAAAUUAACUUGCCCUAUCAUUUAAACAUUUAAAUUAAUCCACCUUUUAUUCACUUGGUUUUAGAUCAUGGCUUAGAUGAUACACUCUUUACCUGAGUCAGUGCUGGUUUAUCUUAACGGUAAGUCUUAAAACCUGUACGCAUGCAGGAACCUGCUUUAGAUGCUCAGACAUGAUUAUAUUCAGAGUUAUACAGUUAUACGGCCACUCAUAAGGCAUGUGCCAAAGAAGCUACUGUCUUUAUUAUUAGAAAUAAAAAAAAUACGAAAAAAAAGCAAAAACUGAAUUAUUACAGAUAAUUAAAGGACAUGAAAAAGACAAGGAAUCGGAAGAACUCAAGUGACAAUUUAAAAUCUAAAAAAGAUUAGAGUGAAAAAGAAGGAACAGAACUUUGACACAUGGCAACAAUGAAGGAGGCUUCCAGAGUGCUGGGUUCUAGAAUGCUGGGAGGGGGCCCUUAAGGGACAGGAGCGUAAAGGGAGCCUCUUUUUGGAGAAUGUGGGGCGCUUUGCGGUCCGAAAGCUGUUUUAGUUUUGCACUCAUCUUGAAUGCAACACAACUACAUAUGCAAAAAAGUGCAACUAACUUUUAACUGCUCAUUUAUGCAGUGUUUUUGACAUCCCCACUGUGUAUUUGAUUGCUGUUUGGAUAGGAACAGCUGAAGUGGUUUCUUUAACUGAUGGACAAACAGACAAUCAGAAAUUCAUUUGACUCACAAAUGCCCAAUAAUUGAGUGUUGAUUUUCACCUACACACCUUAUUGAUGUGACGCUGAUGUAUCUAUGACGGUGUUUCAGGGAGGAAUCCAGGCGAGAGUGGACAGCGACUUGGAGGAGACCUCAGAGGUGGAGGAGGAACGGGAACGUCCAGAAAUACACUCAGAGAGCGAGAGCAGCACGGCGUACGGCCCGACCAAAAAGAAGAAGAAGAAACCCAAGGAGAAAAAGGAGAAGAAGCCAAGGAAGAAGAAGAGGGAUGAGGAUGAUGAUGACGACGAUGAUGAUGACGGGAACAUGAAGGUAAGGCAGAGUCUAAAGGUCUGAAAAUGGUAUACUUAAAUAUUUGGAGUUAGACUCUCACAAAUGUUGUCAAAAGAAUUGCGCUGGAAAAACUGAAUAAAACAGUCUUAAUGAAGAUUUAAAUAAAAAAUGGAGCCAACCCUGCAGAUAGAGUCUGCAUGUGUUCAAAACUGGACACAAGGACUCAGUGAUGAUCCAUUUCAUGACUCAUGAUUACAUUCAUUUGUAUAUAAUUAACCUUUUACCACCCACUGUCCAGUCUGUGAUUUCAGCAGCUCAAGAGAAAACCUCUAGUGACUACAACUGCUGAUACUAGAAGGAGUACAGCAGCAUUUUAUGGCAGGUGAAAAAUAAAUCAGAACAAGCCACUGAAAACUAAAAAAGGUGUCUUAUAUCAUGACUUGCCUGGUAUAUUUUUUUUAAAUUUUGAGCUCCAGAUUCGGUAAAAAAAAAGUUGAUAAAAAAAAAAAAGUCUCCUUCUUCACUUUUAGUAAACAAGUAAAUAGGAUGCUUCACGUUUCAAAGUCACCUUGUGUAAGCUGCAUAUCAGACUGUGAAUGUCCUCCCUGCGACUUGUGAAACUACAGAGGAACUUUGCAUCUCUGUUGGAUUAAUGUGAAAACUGAAAGAGUAGGAAGACUGAGGUUAAAAAAUGAACGAGUGAGGAGAAAAUAAACUUAUUUAAAAAUUCUGUAAGUUCAGAAUAAAGUCAAAAUGUCACAAACUCUUUCUCUUCUGAUUUAAUAGAAAGAAAUUAGUCUAAAUUACUUAGCAUUAUCCCUGGCAUUAAUCAUGUAUAUCUGACCUUACCAUCUAUAUUUUAACUUUAUUCUCAACCCACUUAAAACCUCUGCUCAUGAGUCACUUUCCACACUUAAGCACAAACAACAAAAAGGUUUUAAAAAAAAAAACAGGGCUCUUCUUAAGUCGACCAAAUUCCUCAAUAUUCUUAAUAUAAUCCAUCUAUACAGUCAUAGACCUGUGUCUGUGUUACCACUGUUUUCUUCAAUACUUUGAAAAGGUAUUCGUAAACAAUCCCAUUUGCAGACGAUACAAAUCUAUUCUGUUCCAGUGAGAACAUGAGAGAGUUUAAAGAGGGUAGGAACAGCUGAUGGAGUUACAUAUGAUCACAUUUUUACUGCAUACAUUUAAAAAUAAAGUUGUGUGUUGGGUGGUGAUAGGAUUUAUUUUUAAAUGAAACUGAAUUAAAUUAAAUUAAAUUGAAAUAGUUUAUAAACUCAGUUGGAAGCUGCACAUAAGUUACAUAAAAAGUAAGAUAUCUAAAUCUAUUGGUAUACCUCAAGUCUCCAUAUACUGUAUUGUUCACUUUCAACUUGUAUGACAUACUCAAAUACAACAGAUACAGCUUCUGUAAAAAAAGCUGUAACAAUAAUAGGCUAGUCUUUCUGCCACAAAAUGUAUAAUUUAUUAUUUUACAAGGUCUAUCCCCUUGAAAUUUCAGGAUUUAAUGACCUUGAAAACUUUUAAGAACUAAGAAAAAGAAAGAGAAUCAGACCUGAUGUGAGAGAAAAUAAGGAAUUAAGCUGAUGCUGAUAAAAACAGGACACCACAGGAUUGUUGCAAGUUCAUCCCAAAUGAAGACUUUUGUUCAUCUUUGACAAAUGAGAUUAAAGGAUCAAAAUUAAUAUAAUAAAUAAUUCAAACUUAUUGUUUAUGUAGUGUCACUUUGGUCUCUCAAUCUCUUAUUUAACAGGAACCGAAAUCAUCCAGCCAGCUGAUGCAGGAGUGGGGUUUGGAGGACGUUCAGUACGGCUUCACUGAAGACGACUACAAAACCAUUACCAACUACAAAGCUUUCAGCCAGUUCCUCAGGUGAGCAUCUGAUUUAGAUUCAGUCCUGAUGUUCACACCAGUCUGUCCUCUGUAGGUGGGAUGCAGUCAGUCAUUAAGGACCUCUGUGGAUGUUUGUGUGUAAGAAGAGAAUUAUGUUGGGUGACUGCAGAUUUAGUUUGUUUAGGUCUCCAUAUUAACUGUUUUCCUGCGUUUCUGAAAUGAUAGUAGAUAAUGCUGCUCAGACUUUGAGUCCAGAACCCCAAAUCUGCUACUAUCCCUUCAAAUUCUGCGUUUUUACUCAGAGCCUGUAAAUAUCUGCCCUCUGAUACAUUUUCUUUCUGAGCCUGUGGAUUGUCAGAGACCCUCACUGACAAAAACUGUGAGACAGUGACACCAGAGAGGUCUGUGACGAGCAAACACUCCUCUUUUUGUUUGAGCAGGAGAGCUUGGCUGUUGGUUUAAAGACUCUGUCUCACCUGGGGCUGUCUGGGCUCAGCUAAGCCUCCUCUUUGACAAAGUGGAGCAUGAGCUCCUGCAGCGAGUCUCCCCUGUGAGACGUCAGCUGCUUCCUGGAUGCCUGUGACAGCCUGGAGGCUCGGAGACUCGCUGCUUUGACCCAGUAUCUUUCACAGGCCAGCGUGCCAGACCUCAAGCUGCUGCCUGACAAAUCACAAACAUGACAUACGCACAGCAAAGCAGGCAGAGGGUGACUUAAAGGCCAGAAGGUUGUCAGCAAAUCAACACCCAGUCCGCCUGCAGCGCUGAAGGAAGCAGAAAUUACAGCAACAGGAAUGAAGUGUGACAUAAUAAAGCUGCUGUUGUGUUCCUCAGGCCACUCAUCGCCAAGAAGAACCCCAAAAUCCCCAUGUCAAAGAUGAUGACAGUGUUAGGGGCCAAGUGGCGGGAGUUCAGCGCCAACAACCCCUUCAAAGGCGCAUCUGCCACCGCUGUGGCCGCCGCUGUGGCUGCGGCCGUGGAAACAGUUACCGUGGCACAGCCGACAUCUGUCAGCAGCAGCCAGCCGAGCUCGCAGCCGGGGACCAUCAAAAAAGCCAAAACCAAAGAGGGGAAGGGUAAGGCCUGGUUAACCAGAGCAGCACAUGUAUUUUUAGAAGUCCAGGAGCUUAGUUAACUCUUCAACCACCAGGAUACUGAAACUACUGAAACAGUCGAGGACACAAAUCUGAAAAACUGUAACAAAGUAAGGGAUGAUAGGAACGAUAACUUCAUGAUAGGUUAUUACUGUCGCACCUGCGUGUGUCUCAGGGCCUGGAGUGAGAAAGAGGAGCAAGUCUGUGAAGGAGGUGAAGAAGAAACCCAAGCCGAAGAAGACCAAAUCAAAGUCUGGCCAAAGUGGGAAGAAGAAAAAAGCGUCCUCGGUGUGUUUGACUUCUUUCUCAUGUUAAACUUCACGAUAACUCUGUGUUUCCAUGAAAGUGACCAGCCUGUUUGGAUUUCCUUUUUCACUUUCUAGAGCGAGGAGGACUUCCUGGAGGAGUCUGACUUUGACGACAUCAGCAUCCACAGUGCCUCUGUGCUUUCUGAUACCUCGGGGGCCGCCACCAAGAAGAAGGCCCGACGCGGGCGGAAAAAAAGGAAAAGUAUGUUUACUGUCUGAGUUUUGUUUUCCCUUCAAAAUCCCCCUGAAAGCCCCCUGAACCAGACUGUUUGAGUGUGUGGCUAACGAGGAAAUUAGAAAUGAGAGUUUUAUUUGUUUUGGGGAUAUUUCCCGGAGGCAGAUGCUCAAUCUCAGCAGUGAUUGUCCUCAUAACAUUUACAGCCCACUUGUUUCAAUGUGUAAAUACUGUCAAACUUACAAUGUUACAUUUAAAUUUAAGAGCGUUUAUCACAUUUACCUUCUACAGAGGAGGAUGGCGAUGGUUACGAGACGGACCACCAGGAUUACUGUGAGGUUUGCCAACAAGGCGGCGAGAUCAUCCUGUGUGACACCUGUCCCCGAGCGUACCACCUGGUGUGUUUGGACCCAGAGCUGGAGAAGGCCCCUGAAGGCAAAUGGAGCUGUCCACACUGUGUAAGUAAAACAGUUAGACGGACUCAUUACGUUUACUCGUUUUUUACUUUAGUACAUGCUGAAAGUGUAUUCUUGAUUAUUUGGCUGGACAGUUGGGCUUUACAGUCAAAUCCCACCUCAGGGAAAUCAAGUGUGCAGAUCUAGUGUUUUGUGUGCUCUGCAAAGACUGAUCUGUCACCAGUUUGGAAGCUUAAGGAGCAGUGUUGACGAUGUUUUCUGCACUGGCAGCAUCUAUGUGGUAGUGGGCGCUAAUGUGGUAAUGAGGUAGUGGGCGCGUGACAUCUUUGGCAUUUUCCUCACUGUGUGCUGUUUUCUUCUUAUCCUGGGAUUUCAUGGUUAUAGUCCGAAUAGUCUGUUUGUAGAAGCUCAUACUGAAGUGUUAAAAAUUGCAGUUACAAGUGUGUCCACUUGAGGCUGGCUGCAGAAGCACCUGAAACCACAUACACACUAACUAACCAAAAGGCUUUAGAGCAAAAACAAAGGUGGUUCAGAUAACAGUUUUGGUCUAAAUCACUCAGGACUUCCAUGACUCCCAAUCUGAGUUUCUUGUAACGUGUUCCUUUUAAAUUUAUUAAUGUUGUAAGAUAGGAUAGGAUAGGAUUGGUAGGGAUGCCCCAAUUCGAUACUGAUAUCAGUCUGAUAUCUGCAAAAAAACGAAUAUCGGAUUAUAUCGGCCUGCAUCUAAAAUCUCUGAAAUCAGCACUCCGAUACAAGCAGUCCAUUCCAGACUCUGUUCCAGCACCUCUAUCUAGCAGGACCCAGAUCCAGCAUGCUGAGCCCACGAGAUUACAAGAACAGUGUGUACUGAGAUACUAACAAAGUAGCAAGGAGUCAGAGUGAUGUCAGCCGUGUGGCAGUAUGUUUCAUUUAAGUCUGAAAAAGACACUGCAGCUGAGUGCAAAAAAAAAAAAAAUCGUGCUAAUAUUGGAUCAAUGUCGGUGUCGGCCAAUACUGAAGGAUACAAUAUCGGUAUCAUAUCAGAAGUAAAAAAGUUGCAUCAGGACACCCCUAAAGUUUGGCCAAUUAGAAGCACACUGACUUGACUGACAGUUGUAAGGAGGUUAGUGUCCAGAUUUUUGGGCUUUUUCUUACUAUAAACCGAAACUAUGACUCUUGUGAUAUUGUACAAUCCAGGACUUUAAAUUCCCUGUUUCAGUCUUGCACUCUGAGAAAUACCUGGCCCUUUUUUUUAAAACUGAUUUGGUUCUUUAGCUUCCUUAAAUCAUGCAAUUGUUGGACACAUCUCAAAAUAUGCUGCUUAACAAGCAGAGUUAUUUAUUCUUAUAAACUCGAAUCAGCAGCUCUUAAGCCCCCCUUGUCCUCAUGUCCUUCAGGAGAAGGAGGGGAUCCAGUGGGAGGCCAAAGAUGAGGAGGAGGAUGAGGAAGAGCCAGCUGGUGAAGAAGAGGACGACCACAUGGAGUUCUGUAGAGUGUGUAAAGAUGGAGGAGAGCUGCUGUGUUGUGACACUUGCCCCUCCUCGUACCACAUCCACUGCCUCAACCCGCCUCUACCUGAGAUACCCAAUGGAGAGUGGUUGUGUCCUCGCUGCAUGGUGAGCUCACACUUCAGGACUAACAGUGAUGUUAGCGUUUAGUAUUUCUGAAAUAAAUGAACACAUUUGGAGAGUUGAGUCUCUUUGCUGGGCUCAGCUUUUACCUCUCUGAAGAAACACCCUUAGAGGAAGCUUAUGGUUGAAGAUUUUGGAGCAAUACGUUUCUGCUUUUAUAUAUGGCUAAGUAUUUUGUAGAUAUGCAUAAAUUUAACACUGUCUUCUUGUUAGACCACAUUUUUAAGUUAUCACAUGGUGUUCAUAUAUGCCUGUAUAUGAUCUGUGGUUUUAAAUGUUGCUUUAGUUCUGGCCAUUUUUUAAAAAGCUUUAAGGUACAGCACAGGUUUUUAGUUAGUGCAUCCUCACAGCUUUUUUUCCCACUUACUUUAAGUAUUGUGGAUGAAAAAGAGCCCUGUUUUUAGCCCUGUUUUUAAAUAAAUCUCGCAAAGGUAUCAGAAAAAUAAGGGACUGAAAAUAAAGAAUAACACGUCAGUGGGAACGGAUGGGAGCCGGCACAUUUUAGGGGCUAUGUUAAAAUUUUCAGAAUGACUCUAAAGCAGACAUGAAAGUGAGGAAGAGACGAGGAGAUGAGAACAAUGACGAUUAUUUACAUAUCAUGACGAGUUAAAAUGUUCAGGGCAGAGUUAAAUUUCUGAAAUAAAGCGUGGUGAGAAAAGAAAGAUUAUGAUGUUUCUGAAAAUGGAAAAAAGAAAGAUCAGCUUUAAUUUAUUUUCCUCUCUAAAGCCUGGGGCUAAAACCCUUUCGUAAGUUUGUGAGGUGGUGAAGAUUUACUGUAGGGCUGGUUUAAAUCUUUUUAUAGUUUGUACAGUUGAUCACAGUCGUUUCCCGCUUGCUGUUUGAGCUAACCAAUUAGCCUUUUAAUGAUUUAAUUACUCUCUGUAUUAAUGUGAAGUAAGACUGUGGGUGGCUGUUAAUGAGGUGGAGACAACCCAAUUUACCGCUUUUGUCUGGCUCUGAACCCCCGCUUCACUUUUUCUGCAUUACUGCUGUGACACAAAGUGAAGACCCCUGCAUUUAUCUCCUUAUACUUCUCUGAUUUCUCCUCCUCAGUGUCCUCCUCUUAAAGGUAAAGUCCAGAAAAUCCUGCACUGGACUUGGGGGGAGCCCCCGCUGCCGGCUGAACUGCCCGCAGGUCCUGAUGGGAAACCCAACGAUCCGCUGACCAAGCCCCCGCUCAAAGGCCGCCCAGAGAGGGAGUUCUUUGUGAAGUGGGCCGGCCUCUCUUACUGGCACUGCUCCUGGGUCAGCGAGCUGCAGGUGCGAUAGUUCAGUUUGGUUUUAUAGUUUUACACAAAACAAAGCUCCCUGAACAUCAGAAAGGUCACAAGAAGAAGCUGCAAAUAGUUGAUAUGAGACUAAAUUUAGAGGAGACAGAAGAGAUGAUACAAAAGUUGCCAAAACAACUUAAAACGUGCAAGAAAUACUGCUUUGAAACGGUGCGAUCAACAAUUCCUCAGAUGGGGAUGGAAAUAGAUGAUAAUUGGUGCCUCAUUCCUGGAGAUGUUCUGUGUCAGGAAAAGUCGGCCUAUACAGGCUUUCUUUGUCUACAACACAUUUCAUUAUUGGCUUUAUCACAGCCCUGAUUAAAUACAGAAAUCUGGCUUCUGAUUGGUCAGCUGCAUGUAGGUACAGCCUCUGAUUGGUUGAAAGACCAUAGCAACGACCUUCAAUAAGCAUAUUUAACUCACAACAGGAAUCACACUGUAUCACAAAAAUGAACAGACAUAUCAGCACAGAUUACCUCAGUUUUUCAGGAACUGAAUCCAGACAGUCUCUGAAAGUUCACCAACCUUCUCUGGAGGAUAGAAAAGCCUCAGAAUGUUGCACAGAGUUUAUUCCCAGAACACUACCGGUCUCACAGAGUGAGUGGAUUUUACAGUAAGCUGGUAUGUCAUACCAGCUCUUUGGACCACCUCUAUCUCCUGUCUACCAUGAUCACUUUCUUGGUUGCCAUUCAUGCUGCCUGCCUCUUGCAAUGCUUUAUUGUUUUGCAAGGCACCAGAAACUGAGCUGAAGGCAUUGAUCAGGUGGCAAUGAAGCAAAAAAGCAAAUUAUGUUAAUGACUCCAAUAAAUUGGUUCUCAUCUUGAACCAGAUUUGGUUUGGCAUCUCUACUCUAGGUUGUACAUAUUUCUCAUAGCAAAUAUUUGGUUAAGUAUGGUUAAGAUCUCAACUUUUUGUUUUUAAUUCAUAAAUGUAUUGUUUUAAGGAGGGAUGGUGAAAGUAUUUUCCAGCAGUAGUUGAAAUUGUGGGGAAAGCUGCUCUAAAGAGAAAACUGGGCAUGUGCUGGCACUUCGGCUUUGCAGCUCUGACUUUGAAGUUAGAAAGACCUUUGGAUCCUGCCAAAGCUGAUCGAUACCUGAUAGGAUGGGAGACUUAAAGACCCACUGGCUGCAUAUUAAACGAACAAUGCGCUUUCAUUUCCACCUAUUGUGAGGUAUGAAGCAUAAAUACUGCCCUGACAGCAGGUGACAUACUGCACUGAUGCAGCUAAAGCAUGCGCAGAAGUGACUUUGUCUAAGGAAGCGUCCGGGGGACUUCCAGGGAAAAGGACCUUGUUUGUCGUGGCAGAAUCUCUUACCAUCAGUGCAGCUGUUUGGCUGACACUGAGACUGAAUUUAUGAUGAGGAGGAGUGAGGUUACUCGACUCUUGGAGAGAGGACUGUGAUCUGAGGACAUGAAGACCUGAAGCUUGACCUCAGUGUAGUCUUACACCAGGAGACACUAAGAAUGAAUAGACAGAGUUGUCAAAAAUAAGACAGACUUCUGCAGGGAAACUGAACUAAACUGUGAACCUUUGACACCCCAUCACAACAGGACUAACCCCAACUUCCAAGCCUGGCUGUUCAGCAUCUGCUCCCAAAUCUUGUGUUGUUAUGAGUGACAUGAAGCAGGGCUGGCGUGGUCUAUUAAUGUCUUUUACAGAAAAUUAAACAAAGAUUUUGUGUGAAAAAAAAGGCUUAUCGUUAAACUCUGUGUAGGUUUACUGUGUUUCAAGAAGACUCGAAGAAGAAGCAGCUGCUGGUGAGCCAGCUGUAGCAUUCCCUCGAGAAAUGAUCAGGCACUUUAAAAGAUGACUUUUCAAGUCCUGUAAUUUAAGAUCUACCUGAAGUUCCCUACACUUCAAGAUAAGGCGAAGCGUUACAAUGCUGAUAAUGAAGCAUAAGACAGGAAAAAAAUCAAAAUAAAAGCAUGCCAAACCAUUUUUUUUAUGAGGUAGUGUCCUCUCUAAACAGUUUGGUCACAGGGCAGGAGAUGUAGAUAUAACAUACAGUACAGGCCAAAAGUUUGGACACACCUUCUCAUUCAAUGCAUUUUCUUUAUUCUUAUUACUGUUUAAAUUGUAGAUUCUCAGUGAAGGCAUCAAAACUAUGAAUGAACACAUGUGGAAUCAUGUGCUCAAGAAAAAAGUGUGGAAUAACUGAAAACAUGUUUUAUAUUUUAGAUUUCUCAAAGUAGCCACCCUUUGCUUUUUUGAAAGCGCUGCAAACUUUUGCUGUUCUCUCAAUGAGCUUCAUGAGGUAGUCACCUGAAAUGGUUUUUACUUCACAGGUGUGCCUUGUCAGGGUUAGUACUUCUGUCAUCAAUAGCAAAGGGUGGCUAUUUUAAAGAAACUAGAGUAUAAAACAUCUUUUCAGUUAUUUCACACUUUUUUCAUAAGUACAAAAUUCCACGUGUUCAUUCAUAGUUUUGAUGCCUUCAGUGAUAAUCUACAAUGUAAAUAAUCAUAUAAAAAAAUAAAGAAAAGACAUUGAAUGAGAAGGUGUGUCCAAACUUUUGGCCUGUACUGUAUUUUAACAUUUUUGGUAAAGUUUCCUCUUUAUUUUAACAUCCAUGUGAUGUUUUAAUGCUGUGAUUACCUUCAGGUGAUAAUCUGAUAUCUUUACAGCCUUAACACCAAACAUAUCUGUAAUAAUAUGUAAUUUUGUGUAAUAAUAAAUAAGCUCUUAGACAAAUGUAAGGAUUUGAAAGUGUUCGCACCAGAAACAGAGAGCAGGUCCAAUCUUACAUGAUUACUUUGUCAGCAGCAGGAGCUAAAGGAUGAGCAGUCUUUGCUGAAGUGGAAAAAAAACCUGACAAACACAUGAGAGAAAAGAAAGUUCCUGCAUUUUUUUCUUCAUUCAGCCUUGAAGUCUUGGAGAAACGUUUGUCUGUGAAUGUAUUUUGUUGCAGCUGUCAAACAAUCCCAACUGCAUUAGAGGCGAUGAUCAUUCAGAGCCCUCACACUCAGCAGACAUUUAAUUUGUCUGAACAAGUGCUUGUUUAGAAACACGACAGCUUUCUUAAUUCAUCGUGUAUCUACCUUCCCUUCAUUAAAUCUUAUCUGGAUCUUAAAGUACUUGAUUAGAUUUGUCUCAACCCCGCUGAGAGAUUAUAUGUUGCAUUGUUGUGAGAAGAAUCAGAGGUGGCGUUGAAUGAAACUGAGCUAAAUUGAUUGUUUUCCACAGCUGGAACUCUACCACACUGUCAUGUAUCGGAACUACCAGAGGAAGAAUGACAUGGACGAGCCGCCGCCGUACGACUAUGGCUCCGGAGAGGAGGAGCUUAACAGUGAGAAGAGGAAGAGCAAAGACCCGCAUUAUGCUGUGAUGGAGGAGCGCUUCUACCGCUACGGCAUCAAACCAGAGUGGAUGGUGAUACACAGGAUACUCAACCACAGGUGGCUGCUCACAAUUACACUAAUUCUCAUAUCAGUGAAGAGUUUUAGGACUUGAAAGCCCUGUUUUUAGGCUGGUGCUCAGUUUGGUCUUUGCUGACUGUCGCCUCGCCUUUCCCUUUUUUUGCGUUAUCACUUCAUACAUGGAGAUUAUUCCCAAAGCACAGCAUAUUUAAGCAUAUGAGAGACAGCUGCUCACAGAAAAUUCAGAGCGUGGGACAGUAGAGGCUGUGAAGCUCUGUGAAAAGAACAGCAGGGUUGGUUCCCAUGGGGUUUCCAACCUUUCUGUUGGUCCUCAUUCAUUCUUCAAGUAUUUAAAUCUGACUUCCUAAAGUCAUCUGUAACACCUGUGAAUAUAAAUAGUCAUGUUUUUUAACCACCUGCCUCCUUGUGUAAUUUGGGGUAAAGUCAAGGUGAGCUUAUGUGAGAACAGAGCAGUAAAUCUGGUGGUAAAUUCACGCUGAGGAAGCACAUGGGGGUGAUGAGGUUUACAUCAUGCAGUUGGUGUUAAAUCUGCUUCACUGCUUGUUGUGAGUUAUACGCCUUCCCAGUCCGACCUGAGUCAUAGGUAUUAAACACGUCCGAUAUUUACAAUCCCAGAUCAGGACAACUGUGGCUCCAUAGGGGGCGGUAAAAAACAUGACUCCACACUCAAGGAUUUUUUUGGACAAAUACUUGGUUAAACCAAGGCAAGGAUCAGGCCACGCCCCCUGAUGAAUACAGUUGGAGCGUAAAUCUGGUCCUGAAGGUGUCUAGCGAGGCCAAGUCAAAUCAGACACUUCCCAUCAUUGUCUUCUUGUCAGCUAAUUAAGUUUACUCCAGUUUUGCCAGUUCUUCUGAUUUAAAUGGUGUUACUUUUCAGAUUAUUCUGACCUCACGUGAACGCAGGAUAGGUGGAGAGUUGACAAACUGUCAUUAAGUUUGCAGCUCCUUUGACAGAAUGUGCUCCUUGUCUAUUUCCUUCUUCCUACCAGUUUUGAUAAAGAUGGAGAUGUGCAUUACCUGAUCAAGUGGAGAGACCUGCCAUAUGACCAGUGCACCUGGGAAGUGGAUGACUUUGACGUCCCGGAGUAUGACAGUCUGAAAGCUUUUUACUGGGACCACAGGUUAGUCAUCUCCUCAAUUCACUACUUCAUUGCAAACCCUGAACAUAUUUCAGUCUUCUUAAAAUGCUGGAUUUAACGUCAUUUUAAAGAUUCUGUUUUUUUAACUUGAUCAUAUUAAUUAUUCAGUGCAUUAACAUUAUCAGACAUCACAUCAUCAUCACUUUCUUAUUUGAAAUUUUGAUGGCAUUGUGCUCAUUUUUAAUGUAUAUUCAUUUUAUUUCCAUGUAUUAUACUUAUUAGGUGUGUUUUUACUAAUAUUCAACUGUCACUUUUACUGCGACAAAAACAAUUUAUUUAAAGAUUAGAUGGUUUUUUUUUGUUUGUUUUGAAUAUCUUUAUGUUUAAAAAAUAUCACUAGGAUGCACACUGUCUCAUUGAACUGCUCUCCCCCCUAUGACUGUCUAUGAUUGAGAUGUCUGGCUCAAAAUGUUUCUUCCUCUUUGAUAGAGAGCAGAUACUUGGGGAGGACCAACGCCCUCUGGUGGUGAGGAAAGGAAAGAAACUGAAGGAGGACCAUCAGAAGAGAGAGGUUCCUCCUGACGCCCCCAUCAUAGAUGUACGUUUGGUUUGUCAGAUGCACUUUGGUUGUAGAGGUCUGUGCUUUCAUUGGCUGCUUGCUGCUGAAAGUCUGUUUGAGGGGAGGCCUGAAUAAUUUUGACAUCUCAUUAAGUUUGGUUUCUAAUGCUGAUUUCCAAAUAAUGUCAUUGUUUGUCAAGUUUUCUUCUCAGAGUAUUUCAUGUCUCAUCCUAUCGGCAUCAUCUUAACUGCCCCUUAUAUCACUAAGAAGUUAAUUUAGGGCCAAUCUCAAUAUUGGAUUUUCAGCUUUUAUCACUUUGCUCUCAUGAUGUGCUGAUGUUAUCAUCCAUCUUUAAACAGUUCUGUCACCGUGAGGCCAUUAAUUAUCAUUACUCAGCAUAAAAUGCUAAACUUUUAUUAUGAUGCUACUUGUGUUUAGAAAAGAGUAAAUAGUGCAAAAAUGUUAAUAUCAUACAUAUAUAUUUAUAUAUGUAUAUAUACAUACUGUAUAUCUGUCCUAUAAUUUCUCAUUAACAGCCAACCAUCAAGUUUGAGCACCAGCCGUGGUACAUUAACGCCACUGGAGGAACACUGCACCCGUACCAGCUGGAGGGCCUGAACUGGUUGAGGUUCUCCUGGGCACAGGGCACAGACACCAUCCUGGCUGAUGAGAUGGGCUUAGGAAAGACAGUGCAGACCAUAGUGUUCCUCUACUCGCUCUAUAAGGAGGUGAGGGUUAUGAAAUUUCCUCCUCCGUCAUGCCUGUGCAGUCCCAUUAGAUACUAUUUAUAAAGUGACUUCAUCCCCCUACUCUCUUAGGGUCACUCUAAGGGGCCCUUCCUGGUGAGCGCACCCCUGUCCACUAUCAUUAACUGGGAGAGGGAGUUUGAGAUGUGGGCACCAGAUUUCUAUGUGGUGACGUACACUGGAGACAAAGACAGCCGAGCGAUCAUCAGGGAGAAUGAGUUUACCUUUGAGGAGAGCCCAGUGAAAACUGGACGCAAGGUGUUUCGGAUGAAGGUACGACAUGUUCGUAAGCUGUUCUUAAUUAUUUAUAUCAAUUUAAUAUAACAUAAUACAAUAUUAAAGGAUACAGUAUAACCUGAUGGUAUAUUGAACAGUACAUACUGUAUCAUACAGUACCCAAGCUAACUAAUACUAUACAUUAUGAUAAGGUGUGAAUGAUGAGAUAUGAUACAAUAUGGUUCAGUACAAAAGAAAAGAAUGCCAUAUGAAACCAUACCAUAGGAUACAAUACAGCAAGAGAUGAUAUAAUACCGUACAACAUGACAGAAUAGGGUAUGGAAUGAUAGGCUACAUUAGGAUACUAUACAAUUUGACACAAUAUGAUACAAUAUGGUAUUGUACAAUAGAGUUUUAUCAAAUAAGAUGUGGUACAACUGAUUAGAGACAAGAAGAGACUGAUUUGAUAAGGUUUGGUAACAUACGCUACUGUACAAGACGAGAUGGGAAGAGAUGAUACAAAGCCAUAAUACAAUACAAGACAAUAUAUGGUACAAUGUGAUACUAUACAUCUAUACAUUAUGGUACAAUGUGACACCACUGAUCAACAGGACAGGAAAGGUUAUGGUACAAAACUUAACAAAAAUGGUACGUUUUGAUGCAAUGGGACGAGAUACGAUAUGAGCAUUACAGUACAGAAUAAGAGUAAAUAAAUUAUUCAGCAUAGUAGGAUAUGACAUGACAACUGCAACAUGACAUGACAACAGAUAAUGAAUAACAACUUUGGAUGUAAUCAUGAAAAUAUUUUUAGAAGUAAUUACAUGUCAACACAACAGAAUAUAAUGCAAUACAAUAUGAUAUAAUAUGGUGGGAUACAAUGUUACAAUACAAUACAAUAGGAUACAAUAUGAUACGGUGUACUACUAUAUGAUAUGAAACAGUAAGAUACUGUAGAAUACAAUAUGGUACAGUAUAAUACAGCACAGUAUAAUCUGCUACAUUACAGUGUGAUACGCUACGAUUUGAUGUGAAAUCGUCAGUUUAGCGCCAGUUUGAGGGGUGUCCGAAAUCUCAGUGAUCAAUUCCAGUGCCUUAUAUAGGCAACUCAAAAUUUCCCAUAGAGCCUUUCCAAAUUUAAUGCCCAUCUGAUGGUCACUCACUGGUGUUGGGCAUCCCGUCAUGCAUUGCGUCAGGCCAUGUAGUGUCCGAAACCUCCGGUAAUUAAGUUCACUACAUAGUCAACUAAAUAGUAAAAUCCCAUAUGGGGGUUAGGGGUUAGGGAUUGAGUGAUUCAUUUCGGACACAGCCUAUGAUUCUCUACGAUACAGCAUGGUAUGAUGGGAUACGAUGUGAUGAGAUAAGAUACACCAAGGUAUGACAUGAUAUGAUACAUUAAGAUAGAAAAGGCUUUCAUUGUCUCUCCGGGGGAACUGGUCUUGCAUUAAAAUGCUCCGCACCUUUAGCUGCUGAAAAGAGGUCACUGAUGUUGGAUAUCCUUCCUGACAAUGAAAGCUGAGUUUUGAAUUUAAAAAACACCAAAGUACAACAUACUAUUCCCUCCAACUUAUGAUCUCACAUCUAAACUGUUCAGCUUCACUUUUUUUUUUUUUUUACCCUUGUGUUUUUUUUCUUCUCCACCUUACAGAAAGACACUCCUAUCAAGUUCCAUGUGCUGCUGACAUCUUACGAGCUGAUCACGAUUGAUCAAGCCAUUCUGGGCUCCAUCACGUGGGCCUGCCUGGUGGUGGACGAGGCUCACAGACUGAAGAAUAACCAGUCAAAGGUAAAACAGCAUUUUCGCAUUUACAAACAUACUCGAGCGGCACAAAAUAACAGGUGGAAUUUAUAAGUCUAAAAUGUGUGUGUAUAAACUCAGCCCUACAACUGUUAUAAAUUGUUCUACAUGUCCGGUCCAGUUUUUCAGAAUUCUCAACGGGUACAAGAUUUACUACAAGCUGCUGCUCACUGGGACUCCUCUUCAGAACAACCUGGAAGAGCUGUUCCACCUGCUUAACUUUCUCACCCCAGAGCGCUUCAAGUGAGUCUGAUCACCACAAACCAGCAAGAAGCAUCAAAUUCAUCCUGUCUCAAAAUGAUAAACGGACAUAGUUCGCAAACAAAGAUAGAAAUUGUUGCUUCUCUGCUUCGCCUCUGUAUCUGAACUCGAUUCUUCUUUUUUCUGCACAGUAACCUGGAAGGCUUCCUGGAGGAGUUCGCAGAUAUCUCAAAGGAGGACCAGAUCAAGAAGCUGCACGACCUGCUGGGCCCUCACAUGCUCAGGAGGCUGAAAGCUGAUGUGUUCAAGAACAUGCCUGCAAAGACAGAGCUCAUCGUGAGAGUGGAGCUCAGCCCCAUGCAGAAGUACGCUCACACAUAGAAGAACUGUUGUAGUUAUGUAUAGGAGAUUUUGAUAAGUAAAGAUGGCGGAUAAAACGAGAUUUAAACCUUACGAUACACUCACAGAAAUAUUUAUACCUCAUUGCAUAUAAAAUUUCCAUCCAUUGAGAUUACUUAGAUUUAACAUAUACAGGCCAAUAAACUUAAUGUGCUGCAUAUUUGUCAUUCAAAUGUAAAUGAAUAAAUUAAGAAUUAGAUUUAUGUAAAAAUACCAAAAAAACAUGUGUGUUUAGAGUAAAUAAUGAAGAUGUAUGUAUUCAUCAUUGAUAACUCCAGUUUGUUUCUGUCUCAUAAAUUUUAACUAAAUGAAUCUUGGUUGAUCCACAGCUCAUAAUAUUUAGAAUAUAUUGAUGCAUCUUAACUGAUCAAAUUGAAUUGUUUUCAGAAUAACAGAUUUUUGCUGAUUUUAAGAAAUUUGAAUAAAUAAAGUCUAAAAAAAUGUAAUAAUCUAAAUAAAGUCAAAUAGAUGUAAAUACUUAAAAAUAAACUAUGCCAUGGUUUAUUUUUUAGAGUGUAGUUUGACGCAUCGGGUUCAAGAUUUAUUUAGCAAUGAAUGACAACAGAGCUUUAACGACACCCUGAAAGCAGUCAUGUUCUCCGGACCUUCAAAAAGGCGCUCUUAUAUAAACCUUCAUAAGUUUAUUUUGACAGCAGAUUUUAAUGACAUUUGGUGAAAUGAAAACAACUUUUCACCUUCUUAGACUUACUUAGACUAAAAAUCCUGACUGUGACGAUUUUCAGAUGAAUUACUGUUUGAUAUAUUAUUGUUUAUCAUUAUUAUUUUAUUUUUAUUUAUAUAUUAUUGUUAUCAUUUCUGGGUUUUUUUGUGUCUGUUCAAUCUAAUGAAAAUAUUUCCCAUUAUUAACUGUAUGAUUUUGUGUUCUUGUGUGUUAAAAGUUUAUUAAAAAAAACAUAAUUAAAAAUAUAUUUAUCUUCUUUUAAUCUUUGACCUGCAGGAAAUACUAUAAGUUCAUCUUGACGCGAAAUUUCGAGGCCCUGAACUCCAAAGGCGGAGGAAACCAAGUGUCCCUGCUCAACAUCAUGAUGGACCUAAAGAAGUGUUGCAACCAUCCCUACCUGUUCCCUGUGGCUGCUGUGGUAAGACAGACAGAUUUAAUACAUAACAAAGGAAAAACAUCUAUGUUUGUAUCUCUCUUUUUACUAAGUUGUUGCAUGUAAACGUAAGGUAUAAAAUAUCUACAGGAUAUCAGCUAGAAGUUUUUAUAAUUGUCUCAAAGCUGGACUUUUAAAAACUCUUUUCCAACACCCUUUUAAUCAAACUCUUAUUUAGCAUUAAAAUGCUUUUUCUCAUGAUGUAUCUAAAUGUGAUGUCUGAGUUUGCUGUCUGUCUCUGCAGGAAGCUCCUGUGUUACCCAACGGUUCAUAUGAUGGUAACCUGCUGGUGAAGUCCUCAGGGAAACUGACGCUGCUUCAGAAAAUGCUGAAGAAACUCAAAGACGAAGGACACCGAGUUCUCAUUUUCUCUCAGGUAAUAGUUGGAUGAAGUCUGUCUGGGCUGCAAGCCACGGCUCUCAUUGAUUGUUGGCCGUGAAAAUCUGAAAACCCAGUCGUCUAUUUUUAGAGAUGCCAAUAUCGAUGUGAGUAGUAGGUGCUAAAUCUUUUAAUGUUCCAGACAAAUAAAAUCAAAAAUCAUUUUGAGAGAAAGUACAGGCUUUUCUGAUUCUGAAGGCUCCCGUUUAGUUCUGUUUGAGUUACAUAAAUGCUGUUUCACUGUGUGUCUGUUUUUUUUUUUUUUAAGAUGACAAAGAUGUUGGAUCUGCUGGAGGACUUCUUGGAGUUCGAGGGUUAUAAAUAUGAGCGUAUUGAUGGAGGGAUAACAGGAGGCCUGAGGCAGGAGGCCAUUGACCGCUUCAAUGGUGAGUUUGAUAAUCCAAAAUCUAUCCGUGUGGGUGCAUGUUUCCCUCCAGACAACCUUCUCUCUUUCUUUUUUAACUCUUAUUUAGCUGCAUUUCACAUUCACAGAGAGAGGCAGAAAGUUCUGGAGCAUCUUAGCUUGAACAUAAACUUGUAUUACACCUUAAAAAAGUCCAACAAGAAUCACUGAGACGUUUGAGGACUUUUCUGAGCAGAAGUUGCUCCUGAAAGUCUUCUUUUCUAAUAUAAAGUUUUGUUUUGCUCUUUCCCUUCUUUUCCCAAAAAUUUCUCCUCUGGGUUGUGUCUCAGCACCGGGCGCUCAGCAGUUCUGCUUCCUGCUCUCAACACGAGCUGGAGGCCUCGGCAUUAACCUGGCGAGUGCAGACACUGUGAUCAUCUACGACUCUGACUGGAAUCCUCACAAUGACAUCCAGGUACAGAUGUUUGAAAAGCCCUCACACGGACACUUGUACAUAUUCUCAGUUAUUUCUGUAACAAUUCCCUCUUCCACCAUCUCCACAGGCUUUCAGCAGAGCCCACCGCAUCGGCCAGAACAAGAAGGUGAUGAUCUAUCGUUUCGUGACCCGGGGUUCGGUAGAGGAGAGAAUCACUCAGGUGGCGAAGAGGAAGAUGAUGCUGACCCAUCUGGUUGUGCGGCCGGGCUUGGGCUCAAAAACGGGAUCCAUGUCCAAACAGGAACUGGAUGAUAUCCUUAAGUUUGGCACUGAGGAGCUUUUCAAAGAUGAAAUGGAGGCAGCACGAACCAUGGGUAUGUCCUCUUAAGAUUCCAAGUUUUAUUUCUGCUAUCCCUUAUUUUUCAGGUGUUUCUCAUAACCCAGACCCUCCUAUUUAUCCUUAAUUGACUGCUAAUUUAUACCUCAGAAAGAGACCUCUACUUAGGACCUUUUUGUGUUCAUGUCUGCCCUUCAGGGAGACGAUUUCUGCUAAAUUUGGGUAAAAACCAGCAACUACUUCUUGACAAAGCUGUCUCUUUCUUCCAUAAAAUUCCCCUCGCUUUAAUAAAAGUCAGUUACUCAUGAAGUAAUCCUCAAAGUGAUGAUAGAUAGAGCGAUUUAGAGCCGGCAAAAGAUCCAAAAAGACCCUGAAUCCCUAAUAUCGUUCAAAAGCUGCUUUUUAAUCUCAGUAUUUAAAUGUCAAAGCUUCAGGCUCAGGGGAAACUUUCCUUCUCUGUCAAACUUGAAAAGCUGUCCUAAAAGUCACUCCUCAUCAAACAGGAGACAACAAAGACGGCGAGGAGGGCAAUGUGAUUCAUUAUGAUGACGAUGCCAUUUCCAAGCUGCUGGACCGUAGCCAGGACGCCACAGAAGACACGGAGAUCCAGAACAUGAACGAGUACCUGAGCUCCUUCAAGGUGGCUCAGUACGUGGUGAAGGAGGAGGACGGAGAGGUGAGAGUGCAAAGACGUUUAUCAGGCUGAUGAUGAGAGGAUGGGAUUCAGCAGGAUGAUUGGUUGUUAUCUUGAUCUUUGAUAAUCCUCAGAGGACAAGAUAAAACAGUUUAAUUCAUUUCCCUCAUUAUGGUGCUGAAGAGCAGCUCCUGUUAUUCAUUUCAGGGGUGUUACCAAUUAAAACCUGGUAAUGUGUCUUAGAAAUCAUCUGUUUUUAUGGGAGAAAAUUAAAAAAUGAUGACCUCUUUGACAUGUUGUAGAUCAAACCAUGGUGCAGCAACAUCUCCUACCUGUGCUCAUCCAGACUAAUGAAACUAUCUAGUCUGUGGUGAGCCCUGUAGCUCAGAGUGAGUCAAGAAUUUGUCGAUGAGACCAAAUGUUACAGCCUCUGACAGAUUUAGGCGUCCAGCUGUUUUACCUUUAUUUCCUGAACCUACUUUUGCUAACAUUAUAGGUGGCUUAUGAUCAAACAUGGUGUCCUGACAAAUUUUUACUUUGGUCACUUUGCACUUAACUCCAAGAAGAGUCUGAACAGAGGAUUACAGGGUUGUUAAAGAAAUGUGAUUUAGUCCCUUUAAGUGUGACCAGUUCAUUGAAGGACUCUUGUAGAUAGCGUCUGCCUUAUAGACUGUAUAGUGGACGCCAUCUGCCUCCUCACUGGGUGAAGCCACUCUGAGAACAGCACCCUCUGUUGAUGGGCUGCAGUAUAGGUCAUAAAUCCCGCCUCCACCAGCAAAGCUUAUGGGGCUGUGGACAAACUUUAGAAAUUUAUUACACAUAACAUAAAUUUUUCUCCCCCCUGCUUGUUGUUGACAUGUAGUUACAGUAAGACUGGUUUGUGCUCAAGUCCUCUUUUUUCUGUACAGCUCUGUUUUUAAAAGUUAUUAGGGGGUUCAUGUUUUCUAUGAUUGACACUUGAUACAGCCUAUGGGAGUACAAAGAUUGCGUAGCUCAACCGGGAGAUAUGCUGUUUGAGUCGAGCGUCAUCACAGAGACUCUCGGCGACUCUCCCGCAGAAUGCGCACAAUGCUACUGCGCAAUGUUGGUUUCAGGAAGUCAAGAAAAAAUGCGAGAUUAUUGAGAGCUCUUUGGCUUCAGAUCUAUAUACUGGCGGAAGGUGGAACCAAGUUGCAGAGAUAGGAAUUGUGGAGUCACCAAGUCAUCUCCAUGCCAUGUAUUUGCUCUGCUCUGUCACUGAAUCAGCUGCUUCCAAUGAGCAGCCAGGAAGGUGAGCUCAUUAGUAAAGGCACCUGGUUCAGUAACUGAGCAGAACAAAUACAUGGCAUAGAGAUGACUUGGUGACUCCACAAUUCCCAUCUCUGCCAAGUUGUCCACAGUAUAUACAGUCUAUGGUCUGCCUUACUUAGCAGAACUUGCCCAUUUUUUAUACUCAAGCUAGACGAUCAGGUCAACCACUGAGUGGCUCCUAGUCUUGCCUAAAAAUCAGGGAGAUUGAAACUUUGCAGCAGUUGCCCCUAACCUGUGAAACAGCUUACCCCAACAACUUAAUGUUAUAAAUCAUAAUGAAGGUGUUUGGAUGAGCAGGUGGAUCAGUGCGGCGUCAGCAAUGAUGUGGACGCCGCAAAGGUCUGUUGUGGUAAAGAGUGAGCCAAACCGAAAGGUAAAGCUCUCCAUAUACCAGUAGAUCCACAUUGCUACCCUCACCUAUGGUCACGAGCUGUGAGUCGAGGGUAUGAAUGAGUUUCCUCCCUUAGAGAUAGUGUGAAAGACUCGGACAUCCAGGAGGAGCUCAGAGUAAAGCCGUUGCUCUAAAGAAAAAACAAAACAAAACAUAAUAAUUAACCUCUGUGUGUGCCCUGGUACAGGAGGAGGUAGAGCGCGAAAUCAUCAAGCAGGAGGAAAACGUGGAUCCGGAUUACUGGGAGAAACUCCUCCGUCAUCACUACGAGCAGCAGCAGGAGGACCUGGCUCGUAACCUGGGGAAGGGCAAAAGGAUCAGGAAGCAGGUCAACUACAACGACACCACCCAAGAGGACCAAGGUAGGGUUUGUCAACACGCACACACACACACACACACACACACACACACACACACACACACACACACACACACACACACACACACACACACACACACACUUUUUUAUUUCCUUUCACUCAUCUCUGAAGUGUUACCCUUUAAUCUUUAUCAUAUGAGCCUUCUGUUCUCUGGUCUAACAGUUGGUUUUGGUAGAAGUAUCUCACAGGCCAUUAUCGUAUCACGAAGAAAAAAAGACUUGCCUCUCAAAGUCGCCCUCUGAUUUGUCGCUUUUUGGGGUUUUAUUGAGCCGAUCAGUUUCUUUUCCUCUUCUAAUGAUUUUCCUGCAGUUUGCAUGACCGCAGCAGUCAAUACUAACGCUGCGAUUAGAGCAGCAUGACUGGAGCUGUUACCUGCUGUGAAAACACACGUCAGCGUGACAAUCCCCACAAACUGAUUAAGUUAAAGGUUAUUAUAUGGUAUUAUUACCGUAAAAAGGUUGAUAAAGAUUAACACUUAAUUUUCAGAACUGUAGCAUGAAGGUAACACAGUCUUUUCAGAGUAGUUUCUUCAUGAUGGCACUUUUGUAACAAGGCUUUAGUGUGUUACCACACUGGCAUCACAUUUUCUUUUUCUGAAUAGUACUGCAUUUCAUUAUGUUAAUAAUCAAACUGUACAGACCAUUAUAACACAAUAUCUGCUGCUUUAAACGCAGGGGGUGUACUACAAAGAGAUAGUAACCACGAAACAUGACGGUGACUAUCUUCUGAUCUACCAAAACCAAUGCCUCUGUAAGCAAUCGUGUAGACCUACAACCAAAUUAGAGUAACCUAGCAUGUUACCCUCAGCCCCUAAUAUCUUAAAAUCUGAAACAAUGAACUCUGGGUCCCUUGACUAAUUUAGUCUGUUACAUGGAUGCUUUGCUUGUAUUUUAAGUGAUAUAUUAGAUGCACAGUGGGAAAAUUUGAUACAUUUUUAUCGUCUUACAGUCACGUUAAACAGUUUUGUCUUGUUGAUGAAAACAAAACCCAUAUUUGUCAGAGUUUUCUCCAGCAAUGAUGCAUUUUAGUUUUUCACAUAGACUGUAUAUACUAUGGACAACUUGGUUCCACCUCCCACCAGUGUACGGAUUUGAAGCCAAAAAGCUCUCUGUAAUUCUGCGAUUUUUCUUCAUUUCCUGAAACCAGCAUUGCGCAGUAGCAUUGUACGCAUACGGCGGGAGAGUCGGGUGAGCUACGUAAUCCCUGAACGCCAAUAGGCUGUAUCAGGUGUCAAUCAUAGAAAACAUGAAUCCUCUAAUAACUUUUAAAACAGAGCUUCACAGGAAAAAGAGGACUUGAGCACAAACACUUACAGUAACUACAUGUCAACACCCCAAGCAGGGGGAGAAAAAUUGAUGUUCUGUGUAAUAAAUUUUUUCCACAACUCCAUAAGCUUUGCUGGCGGAGAGGGGAUUUAUGACCUAUACUGCAGCCCAUCAACAGAGGGUGCUGUUCUCGGAGUGGCUUCACCAAGCGAGGAGGCAGACGCUGUCCAUUCUAUAUAUAGUCUAUGGUUUUUCAUUGUCUUUUCUUAGUCACAAUUUUCAUAAAUGAAAUCAAGUGCUGCAUUGUGAAGUUUUUGGGACAUUUUGCUGUUUUAGUGGACUGUCAAAGAGAGACAGGAAAUGUAGCGUAGGGGAAGACAUGCUACAUAGGGUCAUGGUGGGAAAUCAAACCAGUAACUGCAACAUCAAGAACCGGAGCCUCUGUAUAUGUGGGGCUUAGACCGCUAGGCGACUGUGGCUCAUGUGUCAUCAUCUCAUAGAUCCUGCCCAUUUUUAAAUAAAGGGCUGUGAUUGGAUCAGUGUAAUUGUUUCUUUUGAGCAUGCUGUUAAAGUAGAUUAUAAAAUAAUAUUAUGCUGAGUUUGUAAACCUGUAGUUUUGACCGAUACUUUAUUGUAGGGCACCGUCUUUGUUAUGAAAUCAAAGUGUGAAGGUUGUAAAAUGUCAAGUCGCCUCAUUAGAAACAACAGCAGAACUUCAGAAGCAGUCUUAAAAUAUGACUAUUGAUUUAUUUUAUUUUCCUCCCGUUUGUUCAAAGAGGAGGACAUGAAAUCAACCCCUUUUUAAAAAAAACCUUACUUUGUAGUGCACCCCUUUGGUCAGCAGCUCUUGUAUUAUCAUAAACAGUGAGAUAAACUGUAAGUUAAAACACAAUCAGCUCCUUUAAUCACAGGGCAGAGCCGCUACAGCUACAGCUGGAUCUUUCUGCAGCCUCUUUAUCAGAGCAUCAGUUCUUGCAAAGACUCGUCACAGACAUUGAUCACCUUGUUUUUCUAGCCUCUCAGACAGCAGGUUGUAACAAAUGCUGUCGACCUCUGUUAAAUCUGCCAUAGAGUGUGUUAUACUGUGUAAACCUCUCGUGUACCUCUUGCAUUCACUCAGUCUUCACAGUGGGUUUUAAAGCACUUCUGUCAAACAGUCAGAGUUUCCAUGUCUACUAGAGUCACAUAUAUCCUGUAGUUUCACUUUAAAGUGUGGCUCCAGGUCCUGACCGCUCCAGUUCAACAGUUUUUGACUCUGAGGGUAAAGACUUCAGAGCUCAUCACCGCACAGAGUACUCUCCAAGUUUAAAGUGAUUUCACUCUCACCUCGCUUACAGCAGAGGGAACAGUCUGAAGUAGUGCAUGCCCAGCAGUAGUGGUCUGUAGUAAUCUGCAGUGCCAUGGCGCCCUCUGGUGGCCACCAACAGAAUGCAAUGUACUGUUUCUCUCUGAUGUGUGGCUCAGAAUGGCAGGAUGAUCUUUCAGACAAUCAGUCGGAGUAUUCAGUGGGGUCCGAGGACGAGGACGAAGACUUCGAGGAGAGACCUGAAGGUAAGGAGGGAAAAACUUCAACCACGAUCAUUAAACUUUUAUCCAAAUACAUCCUCUGAGCAGAGGUAAUCUUUCACAGUAAUUACUCUUGAUUAAUAUCAGGGAUGUAAUUGUGCCUGUCUUCCUCUUUCUUGAAGGUGGACGCAGACAGUCACGUCGGCAGCUAAAGGGGGAGAAAGACAAACCUCUGCCGCCUCUGCUGGCACGAGUUGGAGGCAGUAUUGAGGUAAAGAUUACAUGUUUUCAACAGUGGGGGGGGGGCUCCAGAAAAGGUCGAUAAAAAUAGCAUUUGAUUAUUUGCAAACAAUUCAAACCCUAUUUUUAAGUUAAAAAAAAAAAACAUGAAACGCUGAAACUGACAAAUGUUGAUGUUUUUAUGCAAAUAUGAGUAUGACGAUAAUGGCUUUGGGUGUGACUUGAGGAAUUUCCACUACAGAGACACGUUUGUUUUGUAAAGAAGAGCUGCCUGAGAGCUUAUAGAGCACAGCCGUCUAGUAUCGGUCUUUGGUCUUGUCCCUUUUACACAGAGAUUUCUCCAGACACUCUGAAUCUUUGAAUAUUAUUAUGACUGUGGAUGAGAAAAUCAGAAAAAUCCUCCUAUCCAACAACUUAAUAAUGGGUUCUGCCUUUGCUAAUAAACUUAAAUUAAUUUAACUGAAACUGUGACAGACUAAAGUUAAGUUUAAGGUCGCUUAACAGGAAUGGGUUUCAGAUGCAGAGGAGGCAAACUCAACAUGAGAAUCAAACACAGUGGUCUCUUUAGUUAUGAUCAAAACUAGAGUAAAACUACAGAUUAAGACUUACUGUCCUGGUCAAUGCUGAGAUGCUUGAAAAAGCUUUUAAACGACUCAAACCAACCACCUGUCUUUUAGACCCUAUCCCAUCAUCCCUUUUUAAAAACUUAUAUGACUUUUUCAAGCAUGAUUUUUCUUACCAUUUUAAAUUACUCUCUCCAGACAGGUGUAUUCCCCUCUGCUUUAAAACAUCUACUAUUAAACCUAUUCUGAAGAGAAGCAAUUUGGAUUCAUCACUACCUGACAACUACAGACCUGUAUCCAGUUUGCUAUUUUUAAGUACAAUUUUAGAAAAGAUAGUUUUAAACCAGUUAAAGGAUUUUAUCAAUCACAAAAAUAUUUAUGAAAUUUAUCAACCUGGUUUUAGGAAAAAUCACAGUACAGAGCAGUGGCGGCUGCUGGUCUUUCAAGGAGGGGAAGCUCAUUUUUCUGGCCUACAUCAUAAUUGUGUUUGUUUAUUAGUAUGUAACAGAACAGAGUCGCCAAACACAACGGCAGUCGUUUUUAACAAAGACAAAAGUCGCUGAGGAUCGGUAAAGACUCCGGAGCAGUUAAGAACAACGGAAUGAAUAACUUGGAAAAUGCUCUGGUAGAUGUUUUAUUCUUCAAGAUCGCUGAUUCGCUUGUUUAGCUGUCAAUCAAAAAAGGAUUUCGCCUCAGUCGGGACCGCCCUCUCGCCAUAGAACUCCAGUGAAGCUGAGCUUCCGAUGGGCGGGACAAAGCCCAGCAUUUAUCCAAUGAGCGUCUAGUUUCGCUGCUGGAACAACCCACUUUGAGCUUCCACAUUGAAGUCAGCAGAAGCCCAGCGUCCGGCUGUGUGAAGCACUGAGGCGCUGCGAGGAUGAAUGAGAACGAAGUUAUGCUGGUUACCUGUGAUUAUCAGCUUCUUAUCACAGUGUCUGAACAAAAGAUGAAGGCUUUCCAGCGCGUAUUUAGUUAAUGAAAUGUACACACAGUAGUACGUAUUUCACCACUUUUUCUUUUUUUGGGGGGGUGACAUUUUAAGGGAAGCCGAGCUUCCCUUGCAGUCUUAGAGCAAUCGCCACUGGUACAGAGACUGCUCUAAUUAAAAUUGUAAAUGACCUCAGGUCCAACAUGGAUAAGAAGCUACCAUCUGUUUUGAUUUUAUUGGACCUGAGUGCAGCUUUUGAUACAGUCGACAACAAAAUACUUUUAGAUAGACUCUAUAAUUUUAUUGGCAUCUCUGGCACUGUUUUUAACUGGUUUAAAUCCUAUCUUCGUGAUAGACAAUUUUACGUGAACCUUGGGGAUCACUCAUCUUAAUGUUUUGACAUGAAGUAUGGUGUUCCCCAAGGUUCCAUUUUAGGCCCUGCUCUUUUCAAUCUUUGUAUGUUACCUUUAGGGAAUGUCAUCAGGAGACAUGGCAUCAAUUUCCUACUGAUAUGCUGACGACACACAACUGUAUAUUGCCGUGUCUCCUGAUGACACAGGGCCACUCAAUGCCCUUUUCAACUGCAUUUUAGACAUUGAAUCAUGGAUGGCAGAGAACUUUUUACAGCUCAACCAGGACAAAACUCAGGUUUUAGUCAUUGGGACAGGGGACAAGAGAGAAAAACUGGUCGGCAAACUCAAAGCAUUAUCCUAUAAUCCAAGUCAACAAGCCAAAACUGUACACUACAGGCCAAAAGUUUGGAAGCAAGACCAUUACAGGCCGAACAGUUGGGAGUAACUUCAAGUUUUUGUUCACAAUGCUUUUUUUUAAAUCCAGCAUGAGUUUUAUGUAUUUUGGGAUGUAUUUACUCCAUGAUCAGAUGUUGCUUUCAUAGAAAUGCACCAUUUUACUCCAUUUACCUUUAGAUAUACAUUGAUGUUAACAGACCAUUGCUAGAUAUAUGUCAGCAAAGGAUAAUAAGGGCUUAGUUGCAGGGUCGAAAGCAUUUGCAAGAGUCACAACUUAAGUGCAAAAGCAAAAAAAACAAAUCACAGUUGGAUUAUUCACUUCAACUUUUUGGCUUUUGAGAGUCUGCAUACAAAAAUCCUAAUAAAUCUCAAAUGCAUUCAAAAUACCGCAGAAAUGGCUAGAAAGAAGCAACUGAGUGCAGGAACAACAGUACAGAUUUGUACAUUGAGGAAAGAAGGAUACACAGAAAGAGAAAAUUGCAAAACGCCUAAAGGUGUUUAACAAAGGAGUCCACUACACUCUGAAGAGACUAGAGGAACCUGGAAGUUAUGAUGAUAGAAAAAGGCCUAGACGAAAGAGAGUUACUACAAAAGCAGAGGAUAAACAUAUUAUUGUCACCAGUAAGAGAAAGACAGCACCAAAAAUAAGGGAGGAAAUCAACAUGACAAGGUCGAAACCCAUAUCUCUGACAACUGUGAAAAGAUGUUUGAGAAAGGCUGGUCUGAAGGGUUGUAUAUCUGCAAAAAAAACACUACUUCAUCCACAGAACAAGAAAAAGAGAUAUGAGUGGGCAAAAGCUCUCAAAAAUUGGACAUAUGAUGACUAGAAAACAAGUUCUCUGGACCAAGGAAAGCAAGUUUGAACUGUUUGGUUCAAAAUGCAGAGUCUAUUUCUGCAGACAAACUGGUGAACGUCUGAAAGCACCACGUGUUACACCCACAAUUCAGCAAGGAGGUGGUAGUUCCAUGGUAUGGGGAUGUUUUGCAAGUGAUGGAGUAGGAGAUUUGUUUGAAGUAAAGGGUAUCAUGAAGAAGGAACAGUACCACUCCAUCCUCCAGCACCAUGCUGUUCCAUCUGGACUCAGACCUGUGGCUCAUAAGUUUGUUUUGCAGCAAGACAAUGACCCUAAGCACUCUGCCAAGCUCUGUCAGGGUUACCUAGACAAAAAGGAAGAGGAAGAUGUUCUUCAAAAGAUGGUUUGUCCCCCUCAGUCUCCAGACCUUUCUCCAGUUGAGCUUGUGCGGGAUGAAUUGGAUGGAUCGAUCAGAAAGGCGCGUCCCACAAAUCAGCAGUCUCUUUUUAAUGAACUUAAGAAAGCUUGGAAUGCAAUCCCUGGAACAUACCUUAGAAAACUUGUGGAACGAAUGCCUGGUAUAUGCCAAGCUGUUGUUAAAGCCAGAGGAGGUUACUUUAAAGAAAGCAAAGUCCAAACAACAAUAAGUCAAAUACCUAAUAAUUAUAGUCAAAAUGUCUUCUGAUAAGUUACUCUGUACACAAUAGUUAUGUUUAUUGUGUUGCAAAUUAUAUUAAUGAAACUAUGAUCUUUUUUUUGUACAAAUCUGAUCUUGAUUCCAAACUUUUGGCCUGUAGUGUAGGUGUUUUAUUUGAUUCAGAACUGAGUUUUGAACCACACAUAUAGAUAUCACCAAGAAGGCAUUUUAUCAUUUAAAAAACAUAGCCCGAGUGCAACCAUUUCUCUCUCAAGCCAAUGCAGAGAUAUUAAUUCAUGCUCUUAUCACUUGUAGAAUAGACUAUUGUCUUCACAGCUGCAAUUACUACAAAAUUCAGCUGCACAGAUGUUAACAAGGACCAGAAAGAGAGAUCACAUUACACCGAUUUCAAGGUCUCUGCACUGGCUACCCAUCUCUUUUAGAAUAGAUUUUAAGGUUGCUUUAUUGGUUUUUAAAGCUGUUAUUGGCUUUGGACCAUCUUAUUUAUCUGAUCUGCUUUUACCUUAUGAGCCAGGUAGAGCCCUCAGGUCUUCAGGAAGUUUUCUGUUAACAAUACCGAAAGUUAAAACCAAGACAUACGGUGAGGCAUCUUUUUAUUACUAUGGCCCCCAUCAAUGGAACAGCUUACCUGAAGACCUGAGGACUGCACCUAAUCUUAAUGACUUUAAAAGCAAACUGAAAACAUACAGUUUUAGUCUUGCUUUUCACUAAAUUUUAUGUCUUACUUUUAUAUAAUUAACUUUAAGUGUUUUAGCAUUUAUAUAUUCUAGUUUUAAUCACAGGAUCGUCUUUUAUUUAGCUAUUUUGGUGCUCUGAUUUUAGUAUCUUUUACUGUUGGUUUUAUUUCAUUUUAUCUAUUAUUUCUUAUAUUUCAUUUCAUGUUAUCUUUUUUUUUUACUUCAAACCUCCAGUGUUUCCUUACCUUGAGUUUUAAAAUGUUCCAUUAAUCACAGCGUUUUCUCAGUGCGCACAUUCCUGUUUAUAUGAAUCGAGCCCUUUUUAAGUUCAUGCAUUUAAAUACACGUUUCUAUUGAACUUAGAUUGCGGGGUGGGAAUGAGGAGUUGGGUUGGGGUAGAUUAAGGUUUUCUUUGUUUCUUAUAUUUCUCUGCUAUGCAAAGCACUUUGUGUUACAUCUUUUUUGUAUGAAAAGUGCUAUAUAAAUAAAGACUGAUUGAUUGAUUAAUUGAUACUUGCAUCUAACUGCAUAAAACAUCACCCUCUUGAUGAAGCUAACAGACCUCACUGUGCUGUUUCUUCUCUUAUAUUCUCUCUCUCUUCUUUUUUUCACAAGGUGCUGGGGUUCAACGCCCGGCAGAGGAAAGCCUUCCUCAACGCCAUCAUGCGCUGGGGGAUGCCCCCUCAGGAUGCCUUCAACUCGCACUGGCUGGUCAGAGACCUGAGAGGGAAGAGCGAGCGCGAAUUCAGGUAAUGUCCAAACACCUUUGUGCCCUGACUCUCUGAUUUUUAAUUCAGCCGUAAUACUCUCCUCCCACCGUGCAGUGUUUUAGUUCAGGGCUGCCUGUGAUCAUGUUAAGAGCUAGCUGUGGGCCAUUUUAUUCACUCCUCAUAUUUAAUUUGUUAGCCCGGGGCGAGAAGCAGAAACACUCAAAGGCUGGUCAAUUUCAGGGUCAGUUUGGUUUAGAAAAACACUGGAACAAAAUAUCCUAUUAGCAAGUGUUUGGGAUUCAACAAGCUGCGCCCUCUAUUUGGUAGUCCGCGCAUUCAAUUAUAAUUACUCUUAAAAUUAUGACUGUCAGUGAGCUGGAAAUACAAACACUGUUCAUGACCAUCAGAACGCUGCUAAUUUGGCUUGUACAUCUUUUACACCUUUUUAUAUUUUAUUGACACUAUCUUCCCAAAGUAUUUGCUGCUAUUUUUCAACAUAACUUCCUAAUUGUGUGCAGAGUUGCUUGUCUGCUAAAAAACCCUAUGUUUGUGUCCGUUUUUCUUCAAUAGAGUGAGGUGUAAAUGUGCUUCAUACUCUUUCUAAAUCUACAAAAAAAGCUCAGUUGCCUCUUCUCUUGGUGCUGUUAAAAGUCUAGUUCUUGAAAUCUGCUUUUACUGCAUUUAAUCUCAAAGGACUCCCACUGUGUUGCAUGUUCUCUUCAACGCUCUCCGUCUUCAGGGCCUACGUGUCUCUGUUCAUGAGACACCUGUGCGAGCCGGGGGCAGACGGAGCAGAAACCUUUGCAGACGGCGUCCCCCGUGAAGGUCUGUCUCGGCAGCACGUUCUCACCAGGAUCGGAGUCAUGUCCCUCGUCAGGAAGAAGGUACUGAACUGAAGAGAGUUUUAAAGUUUUCUGCUGAAGCACGGUGAGAUUAGAGAAGUAGGUCGAUCAGCUCAGGCGGAGGGAAAAGUUACGCUUUCUGUUUUAAAUAUUAUACUAACUGCCUGUUAAGGUUUUUUCAGAUUUGCUUUCCAUGUAAACCCCUGAGUUGACCUUUAACUGUCUGCUUCUUAUUGUGCCACCUUUGCAAGGAGUCACCGUAUAGAUCAGUUAUAUGAGUUUUAUACCUCAGCUUUUAUCAUUUUCAUUCAAAUAUAUAGAUAAUCAUCCUCUCACCCCUGUUUGGGCUUCUUAAUUAGAUUGAAAACACUGUCGUUAUGCAUAAAAGUGCACGAAAGUGCAGAAAGUACAUGUUGAAAUACUGUAUAUGGUUCCUGUGCGUUAUAAAACCAUUUCAACUGGCUGCAGUGUAGGCCCCGAAGCCAGCCUUCUCCAUGUAAACAGAUGGGACACGUGCCAAACUUAAAAAACAACAAAUUCAUCAGUAUUUCUUUCAAAGUUUUUGGUAACAGCUAAUUCAAUCUGUACAGAUUGUUUAUUAACAAAUUUAGACCUGUUGUCAGGUGGGUCCUCUAUCUUUCAUUGUAAUUGGAUGUCAUGGUUUCUUUGCUUUCCUAUACUUCUCUCUUACAUCGUCUCCAUAACUAACCCACCAAAAACAGAGGCUGUGAAAGAGUCCAUUUUUAUCUAAUUUAAACCUGAUCACUUGCAUUUUUAAGAGUUCUUAUUCUGCUCUUUUUCGCAGGUGCAGGAGUUCGAGCAUGUAAAUGGGAAACUGAGCUCUCCUGAUCUGAUUCCCAUCGGCAUGGAGCUGAAGAAGCUGACUGAGAGUGUUUCCUCUGAUCCAAACACUCCUGUGCCGGCCAGCCCCAUCGCCACACAGCCUGGCACCCCUGUCCCUCCAGGUCAGAACAAAGACUCUGCACUGAUUCUCCAACCUCUAAAACAACAUAGUGCUUGGACCAAGUUUUUCCUAAAGUUUGUGUUGUUGUUGGUGUGUUCUGGAUCGUAGAGAAGACAGAGUCGCUGCUGGGCGCUGCUGAGGACAAGGAGACCACAGAGCAAGAUGGCAAGAAACUGUCAGAGCAAGAAGUGAGUCCCCUUUUUCUUCCACUAUCCAUCACUUUCGUUUUAUUCUCCUUUAUUUUCUUGUCCAUCUUCUCCUGGUUCAUGACACUUGAACCACUUAUCAUCCCCAGACGAUCCUUCUGUCAAAGUCAGACACCUUUUCACUUACCUGUCUGCCCUCUGCAAACUUUCUCUCUCCUCCUCCCGCUGCCUUGUCGUUUUUUUUACUCCUCUGCAGACGUCUAGCUCAGAGGCAGCACCUGCAUCCGAGAAGGCAGCUGACAGUGAGGAGAGCAAGGCCAGCUCUGAGGAGAAAACAGGAGACGAGAGGGACAGAACCGAGUCGCCCAACACAAAGACAGAGCCAUCUGCUAACCCGAAAGAGUCCGCCUCAAAACAGACGGAGCCACUGCCCAGCCAGACCUCUCCAAAAGGUGAGUGCUGCAUGCAGACUUCAAUUUUCUGCAGAGUUUGUUGGACAAAGUUUAACGACCUCUGUUUUUAUGAGCAGCAGAGACCUGCAAGGAAACAGAAAAGCCAUCAGACAAAACAGAAACCGAUUCACCCCCAACAAAAACCGAGGAGAAGGAAAACAAGCCAGGUAAACAAGCUGUGAAUCCAUAAACAUGAAGAAGAACUUUGAUAAUUGUCAUCUUUGUCACAACACGAAGCAAAGAGAACAUUUUCGUCAAUGCUGUUGCAGACAACUUGAAGAGUGAAGACACGUUGGAGGGUCGGCUGAACGGAGACAAAGACACGCUGGAUGAGAUGGAUGAGAACAGGAAGGAGGACAAAAAUGGAUACAAAACCAAGUUCAUGUUUAAUAUCGCUGAUGGAGGCUUUACAGGUAAGACGUGACUUUAUCAAAUCCAUGAGUGAGUACAUUUUAGAUGACCAAAGCUUUACAUUAAUCUACAACUUAAAGUUUUCUUUAUCUAAACAAAGGUGCAGUUUCCCCUUUGCUCAACAAAUGUUUAUAAAAAGUUUGUCCAAGAUGCCAUAACAUACUUAUAUUAGGAAGAACACUUGAAGUUGGCACACAGCACUUUACACGAUCACCUAAAAACCUGCUGACCUCUUUUCAUUAGAUAUAUCGUGUCUGUUCUAAAUAAUGAACAAACUUUGUGUUUUUAAAGGGUGGGUUAUGGUGGAGCAGUCUCACAUCCAGAAAAAUGUGUUUGAUUGACUUGAUUUUACUUUUUCAUAUCAAGGACAAAACUCAUUUCAUGUCUGUAAAAGCCAGCUGUGUUUGAUAGAGUUUAAUUCUGUUCAGGUUUAAAAGUCUUAAGCUGUUCUUUUAAAAAUUCAUACUGAUCUAUUUUUUCUGUUCUACUCUGUUCUUUUGCUGAUCCAGUUUAUUCUGUUGUAUUUUUUAUUGCUUCCUACUUCAGUUCUUUUCUCCCCUGUUUUACUCCAUUUGAACUAUUUUCUGUUCUUUACCAUUGAUUUGAUCACAUUUAGCUCUAUUACAUUUUAUUCUUUUCUUAUCUACUCCAGUGUUGCCUGUUUAUAUUUUGAAUGUCUAAAAUGAUAUCUUUGGACAGCUUUUCUUCACUUUGUAUGAAUCCUGUUGAUUUUAAUCACUGUGACAAUAUCAUCUGUAUCUCAAAGAUUAAGGAAGUUAGUGUUAAACACAGCAGAUCCAUAAGUGUGUGAGGAAGGUUGAGGAAAUAGUGUGUCUUGUCCAGUACCAAACACUGGUACUGGAUAAAGACAGAGACCAGAUUUCCCCUUGGACUGUCAUAGGAGUGAUCUGAGGACAAUUCAGCUCUAAACUCCAGAGUCCUAUUUUCCACAUUUAUCGAUUCAGGAGAGCCCUGUGGAACAGACUCGCAUAUGCACCCCCACCCCCACCCCCCUUCAGAAACUGUGUGCAUCAGUGUCUCCGUGCAGGUUAUGAACUGAAGAUGCCGCUAUGAAACUGCUUUUGUUUUGUCCUGAAAUAACUCUGCUGUUAAUGGGCUCUCACCUCUCAGUUGGAAAGUUGGAAACAUCUCGAGUAUGACUUUAUCUUCUUUAAAAACUGUCUUCCCUCUCAGAGCUACACACCCUCUGGCAAACUGAGGAGCGAGCGGCACUGUCAUCUGGAAAGAUGCAUGACAUCUGGCACCGCCGCCAUGACUACUGGCUGUUGGCUGGCAUCGUAACGUAUCCUUCCCCCGAUGUGUGAGCUCAGCAUCUGGAAAAGUAAUGUAAUUACUUCUGACCUGAGGGGGCUGCAGUUGAAGGGCUGAUAUUUACUAACUGUAAGCAGAGAUAGAAAAGUGUUGCUGCCUUCCUGCUCUGUUUGAAGGAUAUUAUGAGGCUCUGUGCUGCUGUUUGUUUUUCCCCUGACCGUGAAUCGAUCACAGACACGGCUACGCUCGCUGGCAGGACAUACAGAAUGACCCUCGUUAUGCUAUUCUCAAUGAGCCCUUCAAGACGGAGAUGCACAAAGGAAACUACCUGGAGAUGAAGAACAAGUUUCUGGCUCGUCGCUUUAAGGUAACCCUAAAUCUGUGUAGAAAUGAACAGGUAUUCAAGGUGGACAACAUGAGAUCCCCCAAAAAAUAAGGCCUAAACCACUUGAUUUUCUCCUAGUGACUGGCUGCAGUAGAGGUUCUCCAUGUAAACAGAUGGCACAUGGUUCGAACUAAAGAGGCUAUCUUCAUCCUUGUCCUUUUAUUUUAAAGGAUCAUCACAAAACCAUCUGUGUUUGAAGAGGCAGAUUUUUCUGUUGUAUUUGUGUGUUAAAAUCGUAACAUUUAGCCAAAUAUCCAGCCAACAGAUUGAAGUUUGAUGUUUGUUAAGUUUUGAAAGCUGCAGUUUUUCUGUGUAAUCUCUGAACAUAAACAUAUCAGAUUUUCUGGGCUUUUAAACUGAGUCUGGAACUCUUUCAAAGACUAGAUAAACUCAUUACGGCCUAACUUGUAAAGACUUGAGUACCUCUGAAUCUGUUUCUAAGGUAUAUCUGCCGUCACAUCUUUGUUUUCGUGCUUUUUCAUCCUGUCCCUCUCUGUAGUUGUUGGAGCAGGCUCUGGUGAUCGAGGAGCAGCUGAGGAGAGCAGCGUACCUGAACAUGACCCAGGACCCGAGUCACCCGGCCAUGGCUCUCAACACUCGCUUCACUGAGGUGGAAUGUCUGGCUGAGUCCCACCAGCACCUGUCCAAAGAGUCUCUGGCUGGGAACAAGCCUGCCAACGCUGUGCUGCACAAAGGUCUGCAGUUUCAAAUAUAGCAGCAGUGUUAAUGUCAGAGGCCGGUAAACACAGAAUAAUAACCCUGAUGAGUGUUAAAGGGAAAAACUGCUAAAGUGAACAAGAUUGGGAUACUGUGUAUGUGACAUUUAUGAAGGUUGGUAGUUAUGCAGUUUUGCUUUGAAACCUCUGUAAAUAAUCCUAAAAAGAUCAAAUUUUAAUUAUUUUGGAAAAAAAAGAAGGAAAAUGACAAUUUUAACAGUCUCCUCUGAAUUCAAUUAUAUUUAUUAUACAUAAAUAUAAUAAAGUGCUCAUAACAGUUUCCACACCACUUCUCUGGGAUCCAACAAAGAAAUUUUGGCACAUAGGCGUCUUUGUGAUACUGACUGUACUCACUGUAAAGUAAAUCUGCAGGAUGAGAGUUUGGAAAGAGGCCAAAAUCCACAACUGUUCAAAACUUGGCUGUUAAACGGUGUUUGUGACCCUGAACAGUUUCUUCAGUCAGUUAAUUUUUAUGACCAUAAUUAUUGGUCAUGUUUAAUUUCGAGGCUGGGAAUGGAAAAUUAAUCUGCUAUUUUUAGUAGCAGGAUGUUAACCCCAUCUAUUUUAAAAGAUGACAUGCAUUUUUAUUCUGAUACUGCAUGUGCAUUUAUUAAAUAAGUGGUAACACUUACACUCAGAGUGAGGCUGUGAUUUCUCUUACAGUUCUGAACCAGCUGGAGGAACUCCUGAGCGACAUGAAAGCCGAUGUGACCCGUCUGCCCAACAUGCUCUCUAGGAUCCCUCCAGUAUCGGCCCGCCUACAGAUGUCUGAGCGGAGCAUCCUGAGCCGCCUCACCAGUCGUGGGAGCGAGCCCCCGCCACAGCAGGUGAGGAGGGGCAAGGGCUGGUUCCCUCUAAACAAGGAAUAAAUGGGAGUGAAAUUAUAAGCCACUCAUCUGUGUUAUUUUGCUGUGAAUUGAAGUCACAUAAACUCGGGUUUGCUCGGAGUUAUUGGGCUUUCUUUGACGGCUUGGGCUUGGCUUGUUGUAAACCGCAGUUGGGGCUGGUUGCCCAUAAUGGGGAGGCAACAAGGCCCAGUAAAAGGUGCUGCAGGCCUGAGUAAGUCUUAGAAAUAAAAAGCACUGGCCGAAAAACCUUUGCAUCGCUCUAUAGUCACGACUCAGCAUCACAUUACUCCCUCAAAACCUGUGGAGACUCAGACUCCCAAAUCCCCCGUGGACGGGUUUCCCCAAGUUUAUAAAAUAAAAUAAAAAGAAUCGCCUGUACGUCGUUUACUGUCUCCACUUUUUCUGCACACUUUGGUCUCCAGGGAUUUCACAAAGGCUGUAUUGUCUCAUUACUUUCAUCAUCUUCCGAAACCUGUUCACCAGAGCUCACUGUGUGCCUUUAAUUCCCGGUUAUACAAGAGAUUAUUUCAGCUAAGCAGUGAGAUUGCUCAUGUGCUCUGACUGUGCCGUAUUUGGUUGCCAUGCCAACUCUUAACCGUAACCAGGGAAACAGUCUGCAAUCUGACUUGCAAACCUUUGUUUCUUUUAUUUGCUUACUUUUCAACCACAGGAAGAAAACUCUCCUCAGAGAGCUCAGACCCUCUUAAAUGUAUCAGAGAUUUAGAGCCCGCUGUAUUUAAUGUGCUUUUAUCCCGUAAGAGAGCCGUACAAAGGUGUAAAUGCUGCACUGUCACUAAUCUCUCCUCAGUUUUUUUUUUCUCAGCCUUUCAGCCAGGGCGGGUUCGGCUGCUCUCAGAUGUACAGCAGCAGCUUUGGAGGAGGAUUUAGAGGACCAGGUGGACAACCGAUGGUCAACUACAGCCAGAUGCCUCUGGGCCCUUAUGUCAGCGGUGAGGAUCAGCGUUCAUAAGAGGAAAAUAUAACAAUCAGGAUAGAAAACAGGCGGGUUUGAUGCACAGAGAAACAUCAGUGAAGCUUUUUGAGGAGGCAAAUGUUUUACAACUUUCUAUCACAUACAUUUUCUGUCAGCACCAAUCACCUUGAUAAUCUUGAUAAAGAUUGUUGUUCAGCCGUUCGUACCAUCUCCUCUAUGCUCAGCUACUACAGGGGUUCCUACAGGACACACUGAAAUUAAUUUUAAGACUUUUGGGACCCAAGCAAUGAAAUAUUAAUAACAUUUUUGCAGAACACUGUCAUUUACACAAAUAAAUCAUAUUUAAACUAUUAGUAUAAAUAAACCUUAUAUUGUGUUUCAAAGCUUUUUAACACACUUGCAAUUCACCUUUAAGUUGUUGUUAGCUCCUGACAAUCAUUCCCUUUGGUUAAACAUUUCAACAUAUAAACAAGUUACAGAGAAAGAAAAUGUGAUCAAAUAUGAUAUUUAGAGCCUCUUAAGAGUUGAAAUGAGACUUUUUAGGACAGUUAAGGGCCAUGGAUUUAAAACUCAGACUUUAACAGACUUUUUAAGAGUCUGCUAAAAUGUUGAAUUAGCUGGUGGUGCUCCUGUGAACAAACAAGCUGAGGAUGUUACGUGAGGUGAAACAGCUGGCAUGACUAGCACAGAAAUCGCACUGCCAACAAUAAUAGCAAGCAACACAGAUUCUCCAAUGCACAACAAGUAUGUAGUGCUCAUGUGGGGUCAAUGCAGAGGUAUAAAGCAGGCUUGGGUGUUUACUCACGCUGAGGGUUUUUAGUUCUGCAUUUCUCGACUCGAAAACUGCUGAAUCAACAUCUUAACUUUCAUCAUUAUUUCUGUAAAAUGCUGAGAAAAGUAAAACAUAUUUUUCUGUAACUUAUCCCUUCAUUAUGUCAUCUUGUUCCUUCAUAGUGUCCUCUAAUGGUCCUCCACCUCCUACAAGCCAUCUGGACAAGAAGUCACUCGACUCCUUGAGAGACGUGGCUACUCCUGAUCUCAAGGCAGGGAAACCCAGUGAUGUCAUCUGUAUUGAAGACUAG